UGCAUUGGGAACUCUGUCAUUGGACAGUCCCUUAAAGUCUUGGGGUUAGAAGGGGAGGGUUUGCAAAGGCUGCAGACAAGAAAAAUUAAGUUUUUGCAAUCUGCUUUUAGAUAUAACUCCAAUGGGAAAAAAAGCAUAAUGAAAUGCAUGCAAUCUUUCAUUUGGGGUAUGUCUACUAAACAGUGUAUUUGUAUUUAUUUUUUAUUUGUGCAGUGUAUUGCACCUUUAAAAUAGUCAUCUCAACGUAGUUAUGAGCUUUAGAGUCACUUGGGCGCCUUACCUUAUGGAAUUGAAAUGCUUUAUGCCGUCUGUUGCGCGCAACAGUACUUAUCUGAAGAUUUCUUAACACUUCGCAUUGUGUCCUGGAGUGGUUAUGUGACAACUGACAUAUAAUAUUUAUAGUGUUUAUGUACACAUUACGAGUUGUGGGAUUACAUUGCUUUACUUGGAAAUAAUAAGUGUGCUAACCCACUCACAUUUUUUGUUUGGAGAGACUGAAUUCAUAAUGAUAGUGACAUUCAUUUAUGUAUUCAUUUGGCUACAACACAAUGCUUACAUGAAAUUUAUUCUCUGAAAAGUAACAGUCUUGUUCUUUAAAACAGGAGCUUUCUAACAGAAUGUUUUACCUGGUUUCAUUAUUAGCCAUUUACAGAUUUAUGAUUUAAAUAGCCUGUAUUACAUUGAGGUAUUUGGGGAAAGCAAUCAGUAAGUUGUUCAGUCAAUCGGAAAUCAGUCUAAAACCCUUAAUACACUUUCAAGUAUAUAAUUAUCAUAUUAAUACUACUUGCAACACAACUCUCGUGAAUCAUAGCCACAGGAAUUUAAAAGCUAUUGUGCUUUAGACAUGUUUAUGGUAAAUAGGUAUAAUUGCUUUUCUAUUAUCUUUAAUGAUGUGAUAACUUAAUUUAAAGAGCUUUUAUAAGUGAAUGGAAUAAGUUUCUUUGCCUAAGUUAUGGAGCCUGUCUCUCCGGCGCAUAGUUAUUAAUAUAGCCAAUCAUCUAGAGUAAAAAUAGAUGCUGCUGGUGACAGUGAAAUGUUUUUCAUAUGUCUCCGUUUGCUUGUAGAUUUGCAAGUAGCGCAAAUUAUAACGCUUAGUCUGCAGAAGUUAUUUUCUGAAGUAAAAUUGGGCUUUGCAAUGGUUAUCACAGUCUAUAUCUCAAAAGGUAAAAGGAGUCUUGUUGUAUAUUAUCUUUUCGAUUGAUCCAGUAUCAGAAAUAAUAAUAAAAAAAAAUAUAUACCCAAACCGGGUGCAUUCCCAGGGCUCCAAAUAUCCAAAUAGCUGAAUCAAAGGUUGCACUCACGGAUUCUUAAAACAUAGCUUUUAUUGUGUACUCCUAAAAAAAUCGACGUUUCAGUCCUAUUCAAGGACUUUCAUCAGGAUCCUGAUGAAAGUCCUUGAAUAGGACUGAAACGUCGAUUUUUUUUAUUUUUUUUUUAUUUUUUUUAGGAGUACACAAUAAAAGCUAUGUUUUAAGAAUCCGUGAGUGCAACCUUUGAUUCAGAUAUAUAUAUAUAUAUAUAUAUAUAUAUAUAUAUAUAUAUAUAUAUAUAUAUAUAUAUCUAUAUAUAUAUCUAUAUAUAUAUCUAUAUAUAUAUCUAUAAAAAAUUCAUAUUCUUUCUCUAAAUACCCUGAUUAGUGGGAAUUCAUGUCAAUAACAUUUAAAUGGUCAUUGAAGUCACCAAAACUAUUUUAGCUUGAUGAAGCAGUUUUGGUAUAUAGAUAAUGCCCAGGCAGUCUCACUGCUCCAUUUUUUAAAAAAUUUUUUUAUUUUAUUUUGCUAUUUAGCAGGUAAAUUACUGUUUAUGCAGCCUAGUCACACCUCUCUGCACAGCCUUCCUAAACACUUCCUGCACAGUGAAAUCUAAUGUUUAAACUUCCUUUAUUACACAGUCUAAUUUAUAUUUUAUCUCCUCCACUGUUAAGUCUUGCUAGCUUUACAUGACCCUACUUUGUGUGAUUUAAAGUUUAAUUAACAGAGCAGGAGAUACAAACUUCUAAAGUAAGUUAACAUCUGAUUGAACUUCAAACCAUUUUGUUUUCAUGCAGUCUGUGUAAAUCACAGUCAGGGAGGUGUGGCUAGGGCUGCAUAGGCAGAAACAAAAGUGAUUUAACUCCUGGCAGAGAAUUGAUCAGGGGCAUAAUCUAUACACACAUCUAUAAUCUGUUUUGCUGACUAUUGUGUCCCUUUAAAUCUGCUCUGUCACAUUCAAAGACUGCAUAUUGUUGACGCUCCAUGCAGAGACCAGCAUCCCAGGGGUGAAGCUGAUGUAAGAUAUAUUAGCUUGAAGCUCACUCUUCUUUCUUCAGCUCCUGGUGCUUCAUCUGACCGGAGUUUGCUUCCCAGCUAACCUCGCAGCUGACCAUAAGACAAAGUAGUCCUGGCAUUGUCUUGUGUUUAUUGCCAAUGUUGCAAUUUCAAUGAAAUCAGUAGCAUCAGGUUUUUAAUUUUUUUUUUUUGUCUUUGUGAAGUAUUCACAAGAGAUUUUACUGUGACAGAGCUGCUUUAAAAAAGUUAUUUCUAGUAUUGAUUAAAUAACAUAAUUGCCUUUUGACACUUAAUUAGAAUCGUGUAGCAUUCAUAAUUUUUACCCCCACCUCUGUGUGCAAUGAAAUGGCUUGAUGUUUGCAUUUGUAGAAGUGUAAAGUAAUUUUGAUUUCUAGACUGCAGUUCAAUAUGUUGGUUCUUAAUGGCCUGUUUACAGCUGUCUACAUAAAAGGCAUUUAUUAUUUAAAGUGAAUGUAUGGGCUUGAUGUACCCACCACUCUCUGUUAUAAAUUAAUGCCACUACAUGAUCUCCAUACUUGUUUUUUUUUUUUUUUACUCUAUUAAAAUUCUUCUGUUUUGAAUGCCGUUUGAGUUCAAAUCAUUGUGCAGUAAAUAGUCCAUUUGAGAAUCCAUUAUUUCUGGAAGGCAGUGCAUUGCACCGGUGAUGUAAUUUCAUUGUUCCAUAUCAAUCACUGCAUAAUGUGCUUAUUUGAAAUAAUAUUUUGCAGCAUAAAAUGUAUGUAUUGUCCUGAAACUCUUAUAAUUUUUAAUCGUAUAGUCCACACCAAGUACACCCUGUUCCAAAUUAUGCAAAUUAUAUAUUUUUUUCAUUUACCUAAAUAAUUGAUGUAAGUCAAGUAUAAUUCUCAUGUUAUCAACUAUUAAGAGUACAAUUCAAAUGUUAUUGAACAAACCUCCUAACGAUAACCGUAUUUUUUUAAAACAUAAACUUACAAUGCACUGUUCCAAAUUAUUACGCACAGUAAGUUUCAAAACACUUUAUAGGUUGUAAAGAACUGAAAAUUGUCAUUUGUUGUGUUUGCAGCAUAUUUCCUGAAAUCAAAAGCUAUUUCAGUCAAACUUAUAACAACAUUUUAAAAGGUCAUGUUACAUUUUAACAUAGGACCCCUUAUUUGAUAGCAGCUUCACAAGUCUUGCAUCCAUUGAACUUGUGAAUUUUUGGACAGUUUGUGCUUUAAUUUGUUUGCAAGAUGUCAGAAUAACCUCCCAGAGCUGCUGUUUGGAUGUAAACCGCCUCCCACCCUCAUAGAUCUUUUGCUUGAGGAUGCUCCAAAGGUUCUCAAUAGGAUUGAGGUCAGGGGAGGAUGGAGGCCACACAAUGACUUUCUCUCCUUUUAUCCCCAUAGCAGCCAUUGAUGCAGAUGUAUUCUUUGCAGCAUGAGGUGGUACAUUGUCAUGCAUGAAGAUGAUUUUAUUACGGAAAGCAUAGUUCUUCCUUCUGUACCAGGGAAGAAAGUGGUCAGUCAGAAACUCCACAUACUUCGCAGAGGUCAUCUUUACACUUUCGGGGACCCUAAAGGGGCCGACCAGCUCUCUUCCCAUGAUUCCAGCCCAAAACAUGACUCCUCCACCACCUUGCUGACGUCGCAGCCUUGUUGGAACAUGGUGGCCAUCCACCAACCAUCCAUAACUCCAUCCAUCUGGACCAACCAGGGUUGCACGGCACUCAUCAGUAAACAGGACUGUUUGAAAAUUAGUCUUCAUGUAUUUUUCUGCCCAAUGCAUCUGUUUCUGCUUGUGAGCAUAGGUUAGUGGUGGCUGAAUAGAAAGUUUAUGCACAGUUGCAAGACUCUGGAGGACUCUACACCUUGAUGUCCGUCUGGACUCCAGAGGCACCAGCAGCUUCAAAUAUCUGUUUGCUGCUAUGUAAUGGUAUUUAAGCAGCUGCUCUCUUGAUCCGAUGCAUGGAUCUGGCAGAAAUCUUCCUCAAUGUGCUUUUAUCUGCACAAACCCGUCUGUGCUCUGAAUGAACCACAAAUCUCUUAAUAGUGCGAUGAUCACGCUUAAUGGACCACUCUAGGCACCCAGACCACUUCAGCUUAAUGAAGUGGUCUGGGUGCCAGGUCCAGCUAGGGUUAACCCAUUUUUUUUAUAAACAUAGCAGUUUCAGAGAAACAGCUCUGUUUAUAAAUGGGUUAAUCCUUCCUCCAAUUCCUCUAGUGGCUGUCAAUGAGACUCAAAUCACAGUGAGAGCACGCAAGCGUCCAUAGGAAAGCAUUAUGAAUGCUUUCCUAUGAGACCGGCUGAAUGCGCGCGCAUUCAGCCGAAUGGGCGGAGAGGAGGAGGAUCGGAAGAGGAGAGCUCCCCGCCUAGCGCUGGAAAAAGGUAAGUUUUAACCCCUUUCCUCUCCCCAGAGAAAUGAGUGUUUUCCUGGCACUAUAGUGGUCCUUGAAGUGAAAUGUUUUCAUACCUCGUCCAAGGCAUUGAACUAUCUCGCUCUUUUCGGCAGCAGAGAGAUUCUUUUUCUUCCCCAUAUUGCAUGAAAAUGGUGCUCUGCUUAAUAAUGUGGAACACCCUCUUUUAGUAGUUUUUCCUUAAAUUGGGCUCACCUGGCUAUCUAAUUAUCAUGUGUUGGAACUGAAAAACUAAAUAUUUAAUCUUUGUGACACUUAAAUAGAAUUUGCAUAAUAAUUUGUAACAGGGUGUAUGUAGUCACCCCUUCCUGACUUCUCCAACACUCCUGCGGGUAUGGUUCAAAUAACAAUCUGGGGGGAGGGGGGGAUUAAGAUGGUGUAAUAUCAGGCGAGAAGCCUCCACCAUACACAUCCUAUGUGGAGAUCUUGCUUUGUGAGAGUGCACUGUACCAGGUCCCAGUUAAAGGGACACUCCAGGCACCCAGACCACUUCUGCCCAUUGGAGUGGUCUGGGUGCCAACUCCCACUACCCUUAACCCUACAAGUGUAAUUAUUGCUGUUUUUUAUAAACUGCAAUAAUUACCUUGCAGGGUUAACUCCACCUCUAGUAGCUGUCUACUAGAGGGCACUUCCUGGUCCAUAGCUCUGUGCUAGAGCGUCGAUGUAGAUCUUCCCGCUGUGUGAGGACCUCCAGCGUCGCUCCAUUCACCAUAGGAAAGCAUUGAAAAACAUUUUCAAUGCCUUCCUAUGGAGAGCUCUAAUGCACAUGCGCUGCAUUGCUGCGCAUGCGCAUCAGGUCUCCGCGGGCAGGAUCAGCCUUGCCCACCGGCUGACGUAAUGAGGAGGAGCGGCGGCAGUGGUGACCCGAAACCACCGCCGAGGGACCCCCAGGAGUGUUGGAGAAAUAUGGAAGGCAUGACUGCAUACUUGGUGUGGACUAUACGAUUAAAAACUAUAAGUUUCAGGAAUAUAUAUAUAGAUAUAUAGAUGCAAAAAUUAUUUCACAUUUUAAUUUUCCCAAUUUUGUGCGCUAACUCAUUGGUUUAAUACAUUGGAUGUUUGAUUCUGAUAUAUAGGGGAGAAUUAGAGGAUAGCAGCACAGAUUUUGUUAAUUAUCAUUUUAAAGGGAUAACUAUUUUAUAUUCUUCAAGGGGAAAGCGCCUCAGAUUUUUUAAUAUUAAUAUUAAAUGUGCUGAUCGCAAUAAUAAGACAUGAUUGAAAAUGAUUCAUAAUGUCUUGCAUUUAUUACUAAUGAAUGAAGUGCUGACCUGUACCUCUCUCUGAGGCAUUAAAAAGGUGAAAAUGCAAAAGGAAUGGCGCUGUCCUUGUAUAGCUUGAACUCCUCUGCAAAUUGCCAGCCGCCCAGUGUGUGAAGGUAGUGGGUACUCAAUGCCUCCAUUUUUUUAAAUUUAUUUUUUUUCAGUGUUCAGGCUGGGUAAAAGAAAUUCAGGACAUGAGAGCUGUGUAAGGAAGCUAAACACUUAUUCCAUGGCGUCUCCUAAUCCUAAAUUGUUGAUGAGCAGAGCACAGCACAGCCUGCUGUGUCUACAUACCGGUUGCACUGGUAUGGAAAAUACACUAAAAAUAUAAAACCUAUGGGUAUGUUAAAUGUCCCUCCCAGGGUUGUGUCUCUACCCAUUCUUCUGGCUCUUCCCCAUCACAGUGUCUGAGCUCUGUACGUACAGCUUUGGGGAGGGAUGGCUAAGGAGGCAUGAUGUAUACCUAUAAGAAAGGAACAGAAACAAAAAAACAAGGUUAUGCAUAGUUGAUGUUUCAGUUUUCUUCUCAGACGUUGUCUUGGUGCCCACAGUGUCCCUUUAAACUGACAAAGUGUUUUGGUUCAAGAAAAUGUGCUGCAUUAAAACAUACCUGUAUAUUUGUGAAAUCCGUUUUACUGACCAUGCUACUACUGCCCGUCCGGUCCGCAUUAGCCCUUGUCAGUGCUGUUGGAAGAAUGAGUGCCUUCCACCGGUCAGUGACAUUUGUUCUGUAUAUAAAUUCUGUUCAGGUUACUUGGCUAAGCUCUUUGCCACUGAUACUCUGUAGAACACUUCCUUGUUGUAGGUUCCUUUUUGAAUAGGGCAGAUAUUCUGCUUUACACUAUUUCAUGGUGGUUCCAAGCACCAAGUAAAAUGCUAUCAACUCAAAAAGGUAUUAAUUUCAUCAACAUCUUGAGGAUGUGCACUGUUAAAUGAUUUAUUAUAAGGAAGUUAGAAAACUGACCUUAUAAAACUGACCUAGUGUGUGCAUGUGUAUAUAUUAUCAUCCUAGUGCAGAUAAAAACCAAAGGAUCAUAGUUUAGCUUUAAAAAGUGUAAUUCAGUGGUUGACAAUGAGAAGUUUUAUAAAGGUACUAUUUAGCUAAAUAUAUUACAGAGGAACCUUGGCAUUUGGUGGAUUAUGCAAACUUACUUUUAUUUUUUAUUUAUAUGAACUUGUAAAAUAAUAGUGAAUAAAGCUAUUUUUUAUUUUGACCGAUUAUGCAACCAGGACAUUUUUGGGAUCUAGUAUAUAAUAUAUGUUUAAGUCAGGAGUCAAUUUGUGGCUCUACAAACAGAUGGCCCGUAAGUAUCUUACAGAUUAGUUGAGCUAAGUAUAUAUGACCCUUAAUCUGCAGUUUGCCUGAAGGACCUAUAUAUCUGAAUCAACUGGCAAUAAGUGUUGUGUUCAAUUUCUAUUAUCCUCCAUUAAAGUUUAUAUUUGUAUUUAUUUUUUUGUUGCUUUACUUUCCUUGACAAUCCUUUCAGAAACUGGAGCAGCUCAAUCAGUUUCCAGACUUCAAUAACUAUCUAAUUUUUGUUCUCACGAAGUUAAAGUCUGAAGGUAAGAACUUCUGGAUUUGACAUUCAGUUUACAUUGCUGAACUCUUUAAUUCCAUUUAACUACAUGUGCCCAGAGUGUGAACUUUGGGACACAAAUAGUGUCAGCACUGUUUAUUGUACUGUUUGUGAACUGCUGAGUUUCUGGCAUUCUCUCUAAUUGUGUUGGGUCUGGCAAGGGUUAUUCAUGAUAGGUUUUUGUGAGUUUAUGCAUUUUAUUUAUUUGCAGGGUGGGUGGGGGGAGGGAGUAAUACACACUUGAGAUUUAUCCACUAACCAACAUUUUGCUUUUUGUCAAUUUGCAAUAUGUUGGAUAAAAUCAGUUUGAAAAUCCAAUUGUCUUAUCCACCAUCUUCAUCUUGAUUUUUGACAUAAAUAUGCAACUUUGUAUUGAGAACUCCAGCGCACAUUGGUGAAGAACACCAAUCUUUCUCAAUGUAAAAAAAUAGUUGACCUCUACAGUAGAGCAGGUACAAUCCAUUUGUUUAAAGCUGUGCCACAGCAAAGGUCCUUAUAACUCACCCUCAUAUUAAUGCCUCUUCUAAACUCACAUGGUGAAUUGAAAGUCAAUGCAACGUGUGUGGAUAACCACACCACUUCUGGGUAGGUAUACAUGAACACUUCAAGCACCAUAAUUACUACAACCUGCUGUAGUGUUUAUGGUGCUGCCCCACGGUAAGUAGUCAAAUUGUUUAAAGGACCACUAUAGUGCCAGGAAAACAUACUCAUUUUCUUGGCACUAUAGUGCCCUGAUGGUGCCGCCCCCUCCCGCCGGGCUCUAGGGGGUGGAAGGGGUUAAAUUUACCACUUCAGCGCCGGGCGGGGAACUCUCUUCCUCCUCGGGUGAAUGUGCAUGCGCGGCAAGAGCCGCGCGCACUCAGCCAGUCCAUAUUAAAGCAUUCUCAAUGCUUUCCUAUGGACGCUGGCGUCUUCUCACUGUGAAAAUCACAGUGAGAAGCGCAGAAGCGCCUCUAGCGGCUGUCAACGAGACAGCCACUAGAGGCUGGAUUAAUCCUAUUAUAAACAUAGCGGUUUCUCUGAAACUGCUAUGUUUAUAGAAAAAAGGGUUAAUCCUAGCUGGACCUGGCACCGGCAGCCAGACCACUUCAUUGAGCUGAAGUGGUCUGGGUGCCUAUAGUGGUCCUUUUAAGUCACUGAUGUCACUGCUGAGCCUGACUGACAGAAGGACCAUGGUCAUUGGCUGACACUCUCGGCCAAUAAGCUUUUUUUCCUUUUGGGUUGCGCUUUGUGCUACACCGCUUCCCCUAAAAGUCACAAAAGCAUUGGUGGCAGCUGUGAAUGACCAGCAGGACUUGGGUAAAUUGUCACACCAUAGUAAACUGGUUUGAUAGUUUACCAUGGGAUGACACCAUAAUCACUACAUCCUGUUGUAGUGGUUAUUGGAAUUGGAGUGUUCCUUAAAUAUAUACCAUGGGUUUGUCAAAUAAAACAAAUUGAGUUCCACUUUUUUUUUUUAUUUAAAAUUUUAAUGUAAAAUAUGUAUACUAUUGCAUAACAAAAACAAUAACUUUACAACUGCAUUUCCAAUCCAUCUGGAAGAUAAUUUUAGAUUCCAGUUUGGUGUGCUGCAUUUAAUCAAAUUACUAAAUGCAUUUAUGUACCUACAGAGUUUCUCAUUAUUGUCAGUGAAAUGCAAAUCACAGAAGUGAUGCGUAUAUUGUCUUGCAUUUGUAAGAAGCUGGAUAUAUCUGGUGAAAUGCAAGUUUUACUCGAAGCCUGCUGUAGUGGUUGCGAUACUAGAAAUACCUUUUUACUGUUAACUGGGCAAACAACCGUUUUCAGAAUGUCUGGAUCCCACCAUGCACUGAGAUUCCCUCAAAGAUGGCUGAACGACAUAUGGUGUCUGCAGAAGCUGGGAUGCAGUUCCUGUCAUCCAUUUUUUUUUCUGGCAUUUGGUGGCAGUACAUGUGGGUUUUGCUUCUUUCCUGUGGACAAGCAUCUAACAAGAUUAAUUAAGUUAACAAACCACUCCCCCUUGCCCUAUAAAAGGGUUAUCCGGCAAAACCUACCCCAGUUUCCUUUCUUGUCCCGAGAGGGAAGGACACAGCAUCUAGAUGGUGAGACACACAGGCUGCUGGUCUGGGGGAUCCGGUCCGAGAGCUGCCCGGGUGGUAGGCUGAGAGACCAUGCUUCCGACCGGUAGGUUACGGAGCAAGUGGAGAUGUGAUUCCUUUUAUGCCGAGAAGGGUUCCGGCAAUACUCCCAGGAGGCGGAGUUUAUCCGUCGCACAGCAGUGGAACGCAUGCCUGGGUGGUGCUGUGUUCCACCUAAGCUUCCGGUUUCGCUAGUACGCAUGUGCAAACCGAACCUUUAUAAAAAACAAAAAAAAAGCCAAAAUCUAAGCUGUGCAGGUACCCACUGACAGCAGGGAUGCUUGUCAGAAGAGGUACUCCGUGUCACCAACCCCCACACAGCUCAGAGGUAUUUUAAGGUAAGAUUAACUAAUCUUUAUUUAAAAUUAUCUCUGUAAAGUUUAUACACGUAAAUUACAAGGAAAAAAUGAAGACUACGAGGAAAGGAGUGGUAAUAAAAAAGAUGAUUUUUGCAGUACUGCUAUGGACAGGGUGGUUCUUCACCUUACAAAACUUCCUUUUUUUUUUUCCUUCAAGUCAACCGAUUGUGUCUGCUUUCCCUUGCGUGGUUGUCCCACUUAUCUUCGGGAGCUUUAAGAGUUUUUUUUUUUCUUGGACCAUUGCAAGGUUUUUCUUCCUAGGACUGAGGAGCUCAGGUAUUCUGGCCUGUUGUUUGUUAACCUCCAGUGUAGAUUCCAGGGGUACAGAGCUUCCUGCAAAAAAACUUUGGUUUAAAUUGACUUAGACGAGCAAGUAGAAUGGCAUAUUUUUCCGGUGGUCCUUAAGUGCGAUAUCUCUUACGGCUCUUUUCACUCAGGGUAAUGGGUAGAACUCUUGUUUCUCCAGUAGAUGUCUGUAGGGCAGCAUCUUGGGCUGCCUUUCCACAUCUUCGUUAUUCUCUACUGGCUUGAGAUAUUCGCCUCGCAAACUGUCUUUGUGCAUAAAGUUUGCGAGCUGUACUAGCAUUGGACCCACCCGGUUGGGGUAUCUUGCUAUAUCUCACAUGUACUGCCACCAUACGCCAGAAAAAAAUGAAAUUUUUACUUACCGUAAAUUCUUUUUUUCUUAAUAUGGUGGCAGUACAUGUGGGUUUUGCUCCUUUCCUGUGGACAAUCAUCUAACAAGAUUAAUUAAGUUAACAAACCCCUCCCCCUUGCCCUAUAUAAGGUCUAUCCGGCAAAACCUACCCCAGUAAGUAGAAGAAGAAACAAAAAACAACCUAAAAAAAUAAAAUAUAUAUUUUUUUUUUUUAGGUUGUUUUUUGUUUCUUCUUCUACUUACUGGGGUAGGUUUUGCCGGAUAGACCUUAUAUAGGGCAAGGGGGAGGGGUUUGUUAACUUAAUUAAUCUUGUUAGAUGAUUGUCCACAGGAAAGGAGCAAAACCCACAUGUACUGCCACCAUAUUAAGAAAAAAAGAAUUUACGGUAAGUAAAAAUUUCUGUUUUUAACUGAGAGCAUCAGCAGAAUGCUCUCAGCCAACGGAUGGAAAUCUGCACAGAAUUAACAUUCGUCAAGUUUGAAUUUUCGUUUUUGGCUGGUUAUCGACUCAGCUGUAGAUGGCGUUACACCUCCGACAGCUAGGCUAAAAUAUCUCUGUAUGUGCAGUGUUACACAUAAAGGGUUCUUGCAACAUGACUACUCCAAAACACUUAAGUGAUCAUAGUGUUUGGGAUUAACCCUUCUAGCAAAAUUCGGGAUUAUUCUAACUCUUAGUGACCGAAUAAUCUAAAUUUUAUUAAAGACAGGAGGCGAAUAUUUGCUUAUCUUUCUUUACUGUAACUCCCAGCAGCAAAGAAACAGUUAGCAGUGUAAAAAAGUUUAACCAAUCAGUAUGCAUUACAGUAAAAUAAACUGUCAUCAGGCUCCUCCCAAUUCCUCUUUCUUGAUGUAGCCGAACAGUCGUAGAGUCAACCAUGUAAAUGUAGAACCAUUAAAAACUAUGAACAGGUAACGGUGUAGGUAUCCGGUAGGAUGAAGGUAGUGAUCAACCAGCAGGUAGAUUUGAGACAGAAGGCAAGUGAUCUUCACACUAGGAGGAAGGAGAAACAUCGUGAAAGUAUGGUCUCGUUGGCAAGAGGAAAAAACAAAUUAAAUGCAUUGAACUGACUUCCAAUUUAAGUGCAAGCUCUAACUUAUGAUAAUUAACUGUGUGGUUUGUAGAGUAAGUGACAUACCUAGAAUAUAAUAACCAAUGUACAAUUGAAAGCGGGUUUAGCAUAUAAUAACGACCUAAUGAGUAUAGGCUAGAGAAAAGAGAGGAUGUUAGUCAUAGUUAGACCUGGAGAUAGUACAGGAUACUUACCUAGAAGGGUGGGUAAAGAGAAUCCAGGGUGGGAAAAUAUUCGCCUCCUGUCUUCAAUAAAAUUUAGCUUAUUCGGUCACUAGGAGUUAGAAUAAUCCCGAAUUUUAUGGCAAGACAGGAGGCUUCAUAUUUGCUAUUUUAACACACAGAUAGCAAGGACAGAGAAACGUGUGGAGAAUGUCUAAAAUAAAAGGUACGGAAGGUGGAUUCUCUAGACCAAUCAGCGGAGGAUAGAAUUUCCGCUAAAGAACCUCCAGCUAUGAGUGCCGAGGAGGCAGCUGCGCCUUUAACCGAGUGAGCCCCGAAAGAUGCAUCAAUGCCAGCCAGGGCUAGAAGCCAUUUAAUCCAACGUGCAAUGGUAGGGCACGAGACUGGUUUGUGAGGUUGUACAUAAGAUACCAGGAGGGGCCCAGUAGGUGCUCUGAGAGGGGUAGUGUGAGCGAUAUAGUGUCUUAAACACUGGGCUACGCAGAGGAGGUGUUUCUCCGAGAAGUAAGGGUAGCUCACAGUAGAUGAGUUGGUCUUGGUGCGUCUAGUGAUAUGAAAGUGUACCCCCUCCGGUGUGAAAUCGAGGGCAUGAAAGUCGAAAGCCCUGAUGUCGGAAACUCUUCGGAAGGAGACCAAGCAAAGGAUUAGAGCUAAUUUGGCUGACAAUUGGCAUAGGGAGAGCGCCUCGUUGUCCGGCCAAGCUUCCAAGAACGUAAGCAUGAUGGCCACGUCCCAGAAUUGAUUAUAUUUGGGAUUCGGGGUCUAGCGAUGCGGAUGCCCCGUAAGAGUCUACAGACAGAAGGGUGUUUGCCUACUGAAGAACUUUCGAUAGGAACUUGCGCUGCAGAAAUAGCAGACCGAAACACGUUAAUGGUCCGGUAGGAUUUACCCUGGUCGAACAGACGACAGGAAAUUGAUAAUAUUAAUUAUAGAUGUUUGAAAAGGGAUCAAGGUCCCUUUCCAAGCACCAGCAACUCCAUAGGCGCCAUGCAGAGAUGUAAGAGCGUCUGGUUCCUGGGGCCCAUGAAUCCCAAAGGAGUCCCUGAGCAGUUGUCGAAAAGCCUGAGACAUUCCAAGAUCCCCUGAAACGGUCCAAGCCACUAGUUGGAGAUGAUCCUGGAUUGCCAAUGGGUGAAAGUUGCCUGUCGGGUCUCUGAGGAGGUCGCAGGUGUUGGGUAACAGCAGGGGGAAUUUUGUAUUGGUUCGACUGAAAACUCCAGGUGGAACCCGGACACCGUCUGAAGGAUCCAAGGAUCUUGAGUGAGUUGAGACCACUGUUGGGGAAAAAAGGGUUAACCGGCCUGCAAUAGGAAUAUGAGAAUAAGGAAGGUCCAUUACCUGUAACAGUGCGACCGUGGAGGGAAGCGGAUCCACGUCCUCGGAUAGCUCCGCGAGAGGGAAAAAAUUGCCUGUGGUGGAAUCGGGUAUUGCCCGAGUUCCAGGUGUCUGAAGGUCGAGGCCUGUAGCCUGUGUGACGGAGCCACAUUCUACAGUAUUUGGCAAUGUGGUCCGAUCUAGGGUGCCUGAUGCAUCUAGGGUCAAAUAAAGGGCGGCCAGAGGUGUCAAAUAAGGUAUCCUUAUUUAUAUAAGUUAGGGUUUUCAGAGGUGAGAUCAGACUCCAAUUGGAAUUCCUCUAGAAUCGCAGAAUCGGAAGGGUAAAGGUCUCGGAAUGUCUUAUGAGGCGAAGCCUCAGUAUCCGAGUGUUCUGCGUAGUAUUCGUCUAAUACUUGGAGAUUAUAAUUAGAGGUUGAACCCUCAAAUGCGUCAAAAUCAUAGGUGGUGGUGGUUUGCUUGGGUUUAGAAUAGGGCACUUUAGGGUGUUUAGCAGGCGCUUUGCCUUUACCGGCGGUGGCGCUAUCGCCCUUCCAAGGGCAUUUGCGAGGGGCUUCUUCAUGCUCUGAAGCGUGAGAAUCCUCGGAGUCUGAGAGUUGGGUAAUGGUCGCCGUAGGGGCUGGGAUUGUCUGCUCGCGGAAAGCUGCUAAAGCGAACGGCUUGCCGCGGUUCGCCACAAACCGUUCGCCACGAACGGUUCGUGGCGAGCUCCGGUCAGCUGACACAUCCCGGCCACUCUCCAGCAGACCCUCCCACCUCCUGGACAGCAUCCAUGUUGAAGGAUGCUGUCCAGGAGGUGGGAGGGUCUGAGGGAGGGUCUGCUGGAGAUUGGCCGGGAUGUGUCAGCUGACCGGAGCUCGCCGCCGUUCGCGAACAGUUCGCGACAUCUCUAGUUCUGGCACAUCCGACAUAAUGUCAGUAACAAUGGGGUCACCACAAAAGAAAAUAAUUAUAUUUACAAUAUAUAUAAAAUGUUUUUUUUUUUAAUUUGUUUUUUUUUUUUUUGUGUGUGUGCAGACAAACUAAUUACAAUGAGGCGGUGGACUUAGACUGCGUGUAAAAAAGCAGGAGAGCAAUUAUCCUGUAACAGUGGGGUUCGUCCACAAUUUAUCUCUCUGGGGUUCACCCAGAGAGAGAUGGACAAUACAGUGUCCAAGAUCUAAUAACAGGUAUGUGCCUGUGUUCUCAUAUAGGGAUUACCCUGUAUAGAGGAAGCAAAGGGGGUCACCCUUGAAGGAGAGGCUAGAGGGGGUCACCCUUGAAGGAGAGGCUAGAGUGGGUCACCCUCAGAAUUAAGCAAGGAUUUGUUUAAGCUGUGUUGGUAGUUAAGCUGAAUUCUGCAAGAAAAAAUUGAAAUUUUGAGUAUUGGGUAUGUAUCUUUAAUUUUUUAAACUAAAGGGUCUGGGGCUUUAAGAGGUAAAAAAUAUACUUACCAAAUGGCUGGGUUGCGUUCUGCAGUGAGAGCCGAAAUGCGAGGGAACCGCCGCGCAUAAGCCUACCACAAGAUGGCGCUGAGAGGGAAGCCCGGGAAAAAACUGAUAGAAAUGGCCGCGGCAUGAAAAAAGGCGGGACGCGUCUCUAUGGAGACGCCAGGGCAACAGACAUAGUGUGUGAGGAAACUGAGCGGACCGGCAAGAUGCCGGGCGCUGCGGGGAAAGUGUUAGUAAUUAAACUGACAGUACAAUAAAAUAAGAGUGAAGAAAUGUGAGGUAAUUUGAAUUUGUGGGCUGACUGGAGUGUCAGCCCAUGCAACCUAAGUAAAUAGAAGCAAAAGCACAGAAACAGAUAAGGAAAACUGUAUGAAAAAUAUUAAAAUAUACAAUAUAUAUUAGUCAGCUAAAAUAGAGCAUUAAUAGGAGUAUAAUUAGAAUAGACUCACCUGGGAGGCUAAGCAGCAAAGAAAGAGGAAUUGGGAGGAGCCUAAUGACCGUUUAUAUUACUGUAAUGCAUACUGAUUGGUUAAACUUUUUUACACUGCUGUUAACUGUUUCUUUGCUGCUGGGAGUUACAGUAAAGAAAGAUAAGCAGAUAUUCGCCUCCUGUCUUGCCAUAAAAUUAUAAAAGACAAUACUAGCCUUCCUUGCUUGUAAUAAACAGGUUUUUUGUUUUAAACUUUUCUCCUACAAGGGGUUACAAAUAUAUUUCCUUGCAUUCCAAGACUACCUGAAAUUGCAUAUAGUUGUAGUGCUUCUAAAUUUCAACUGAACGAUCCUUCUGAUCUGCUUGACAUAAUUCAUUGUUUACGCCAUGCAACAUUUCCUACUCCUUCAAUAUUUUUUUUAAAGAGUGUGAUGCAUGUUUUGAAUUCCAACAUCUAGAGACAAAUCAGCUGAAAAGGUGGGGCCUCUAUAGGGAGCUUUGGCACUCUUAUUGUAUAAAAGAACUUUGUCACACCCCUUUACAUUCACAGCUUGCAUAAGUAUAGAAGGCAGCUGCCACUUUCUGUGUAUAAAACAAAACUUAAAUAACACUGUGGGAAUUCAAUGCACCUAACAUUUGUAGCAUAAUGAACACUCUCUAACUUUAAAAAUAUGUUUUCUGUUUAGCUUGACCCUGUCCCCAUUUAUUUCAGUGCUGUGAGAUUCUCCUUGGAGCAGCUGUUCCAUCUCACUCAAAGUAUAAAUCAAUAAAUAUUACUUUUGUCCAAUACAAUGUUUCUCAUACAGAAAUCACAUGCCUUUUUGUUUUCCUCUUAAUUUCAUGACUAAGAUCCUCUAGUGUCUUUGUGUGACAGCUGCUGGAGGUGUAUUCUCGGAAACAGCAAUGUUUUACAUUGCCUUAAAACGGGAAUAAAAAGUGUCCCUUUUAGUCUGUUACAAAUAAUCAUCAAAACCAGAUCACUUUUAUUUACCACUAUGUAAAUUUAUAUAGCUCUAUAAAUAGAUCAAGUCACUUUAAACAAGAGCUGUCACUUCAGAGGGGUCGGCACAUUACAAUUUUCUUAAUUUUUUUAAAUUUUUUUAAAUAUCUGUAUUGUCCAUAUACCGUGUCUUGUUCCUGUAGCUCAAGCUGUUGUCUGCAGGUGCCAACAUAGUCUUCAGCUCUUGGUGGUUUGUCCUCCAGAAGCCAUGCCUGUGUUGUACCCCGGCAUGACCAUCUUUAGAGUAUCCUGUGAGACUGCGGGAGCGUCCAUAUACCUGAUUCCCACAGCUGUUACUAGCGAGAGCUGGGGGAAUGGAGGAAACCUGGUGGUUGAGGUUCAAUAUUUUUUCAAGGUUUUAUUAAAUUCAGUGAAAUUGUAAUAUCAAUGAGAUUCCUCCACAGUCAAUAUAUGAAUUGCAUAGUCUAUCAAAUACACAAAAUGUGUCUUAUUUAUUUAUUAAUGUGACAGUCUUUGAGCUGGUACACUUAGAAAGCAGCAUAUCAUUCUGGUCCUUGAGAACUGAUCACAUAGAAUGAAUGGAAAAUACAUUCUAAGCUGAUGGCUGCCAUCAUUUCAUAGUGUUUAGUCUGUGUCUAAAUAGCUCUGGGGGGUUGUUUAUAGCCACAGUGAUAUUUACAAAAAACCAAAAACUCUGUACCUGUAACUUGGCAAUCAAAGCUUGCCACACAGAGCUGCCCUGGAAAGGAGGAGAAUCAUAAAGAGCUCCUUUAUAUCAUUUAUCUUUAUAAUUAUAUAUUCAUUGCUCUACAUAUUAUGUGUUGUCAUAGCAGGUUUAUUUAAAGCAGGAUUUCCUCUUGACUAUAGAAGCUCAUGGAGAGUUGACAUCUCUUUCACAAUGCAUAUUCAGCUAGAUAAUCCAGUAAGAGUGUUUUGCUAGAAUUGCCUUUGCUGUCCUAGUGCACUCCCUACCCCACCCCAAAUGUAAAAAAAUAAUAAAGCUAAACAUACCUCUAUUCUAACUUGGAAGACAAGUUCUCAUGGCAGACCUAACCUGCUAUGAUGUCACUCCCACUAACUAGCUGGAGGGAGGUUCCUGUCAGGUAGGAGAGCUGGGGGAGGGGGGGGGAGGAGGAGUUAAACCUCUGGAAACAGAAAAGUUAAUGCUGCGUAUAGAAACUCCAGAUACCAUCACUACUUAAAAUCACUGAAGUGGUAAGGGUGUUUGGAGUUAUCCUUUAAGUUUUUUUUAAUGAGCAUUACAUGCAAAGUGAACCUUAAGACAUUUCAUUUUCAAGCAGAAUGUUUGCUUUGGACCUGUGCACCUUGUCUAACACUUAAUAAAUGUUUCAGCAAAAAUGACCUUUUAGAAGAAACUCCUUGAAGCCUUUGCAUAUUAAAUUUGCAACAAAGUGGAUAUUAUAUAUUUUGUUUCCUUGUUAGAUUGUAAAAGUGGCACUCAUGGAAUACCUGUACCAAGAGGGAAGUGUGGGUGUGCCUGUAUUAAUGGGGAGCCAGUACUACUUUAUUCACUAGCGCAAAGCUUUAUGUUCUGCCACGUAUAGUGCAUAUUUUAAACCUUCCCAAAAUUUAAGUUAUUAAAAUCAUACCAGAAAGCUUUUAUUACUUUUUCAAUGAGCUAUACUAAAAAAAAAAUGUAUUCAGGUUCAGCUAAUACGUACACCUAUGUUUAUGAUAAAGUAAUGCCAGAAAGUCAAAAGCAUCUACUAGCGUGAGCGAUCUCCUGACAAGGCUGUCCCUGCUUGGAGAAGUGUUCGCUAGCAGUGCUAGCCAUGGCAGAGAGGAUGUAGACGUGCUGUUCCAAUAUCAUGGCAGUAAUGGAGAAAAAGGUAUUUGCCUAAUUUUAAAUUUGCUGUUAAAUGUAUCAUUUAGCACCAGCAGUGUAAUGAUAUUCACUUAAGUAAAAUCUUUUUACUGUAAGUUUAAUGUCCUAUUUUGAUACAUAGGUGAAAUUAGUCACUACAAAACAGGGCUUACAUGGAUUCUCUGGAUAUAAUCUGUAGGCAGCUUAUGAAAUAUUUGUUUAAACUUGACUUAGUAAAACUAUAGGCAUUGGAUUUUAAUUUAUAAUUCUCUUGCAGAUGAACCCACACGAUCUUUGAGUGGAUUAAUAUUGAAAAAUAAUGUAAAGGCACAUUUUCAGAACUUUCCAAAUGGGGUAACGGAUUUUAUUAAAAGUGAGUGCUUAAAUAACAUCGGAGAUUCUUCACCAUUAAUCCGUGCAACUGUAGGUAAGUUCCUCUACUGUAUGAUAUUUUGUUUAUGGCAAAUGUUCUGUUUUUUUUUUUCUUUUUUUUUUUUCUCCCUCACUCUACUUACGCUAUGCAAGCAGCCAGCUCUUCCGCCGUAGGUAAUGAAGAUUUGGAUAAGCAACUUUGGCUGCCCAAGCUGUUGUAAACUUUUGACUCUUGUGACACUCUGUCAUUAACUGCUCUUCUUGAGCUAGGGACUUGCUAAAGUCAACUGAUCAUAUUGUAACGGAACUGUGCAGUGGUGCUACCUUUGUUUUCUCCUGGGCAAUCUUGGUUUGUGCUUCUCUGCAUUCAUGUUUUUGGUUACUGAACCGUACUUUAUAUCAUAUGCAGGCUGUGUUGUGAUUGGGCAUCUGAGUAUAAUUUCUACAACAGCUGCAUUUAAAAAAACAAAAAAAAGGCGAUAAAGAGGUGAUGGUGCUUGAAAAGCCGUGGGUGUGCCCCUCAAAUAAUUAGUCAAAUUGUUUAACUUAAUACUUUGGGUCAGUAUGGGGCCUGCCUCUUUAGCUCAUUGGAGUCAUCCAAUGAGCAGGGCUUAGCUCAGGAAAGCUUCUAGCAGGUGCAUACAGCAUAUCAUGGUGGACUCCAGGUAAAGGGGGGAGUGGACUAUAGUAGCUAUGGUUCUUGGAACAUUCGUUUAACAUCUUGCGUAUGAAUAAUAGGAGACCCAUCAAGUUAAUGUCAUAGAACGUGAUCCAAAACUGCUAAUAUGAUUUUAUUUUGCAUGUCAAAAUAUUUUUAAAUGGUUUCACAAAACCAAAAUCUACACACUGCAGUAGUGAGCUUCCAUAGCAGCCUUCCCAUUGUGAUAUCCUGACAAAAGUGUUUUCAGCCGACCAUUUACACAGUGAUCCAGCAAUCACUGCAAUGGUCUGCAAACAUGUUAAAACAAGAUGCAAGAAGUGAACUCUUCCAUUCAUCUAGCCAUUAAAAUAUCCUCGCUGGAUCAGGCUCAUCCAAGAUAAAGAUGUAUUUUACCCUUGAAAUCCUGCAGAAUGAAAACUUAUACAUUACACUGUAAACAAUUACUCAACCCGAGAUUUUAACUCUCUUGUUUUACUUUUAGGCAUUUUGAUUACUACAAUUGCCUCUAAAGGAGAGUUGCAGAAUUGGCCAGAGCUUUUACCAAAGUUGUGCAGUUUGUUGGAUUCUGAGGAUUACAACACAUGUGAGGUAAUUCUGCUCGGCAUGAAUUAAUUUAAUGCCCAAACAUUCCCUUGUCUACCUAGAAAACUGGUGCUUCUUUCUGGAAUCAAUUGAAUUUAUUUUCUACACAAUGUUUCCUUAAUGGCUUUCAAACGCUGUCCUUUCAGGUUUUGUUGGACCAGAAUUCUUUGACAUACUGAUUGUAGACUGAGUAUAAUGGGAAUUGAUCCAAAGGCCAGAAGGUUGAAUUUAGUUCGAUUAUUAGAAAUUCUCAUUCACUGUACUGAAAGUGACGCUGCUUUUGGCAGUUUCUGGUUCCUGCUGCCGCAGUGCAUCAAAGUACUAGUUUCAUAGGCAUUCAGAGAGGCUCCAUUUUGGGGCUAAUGAUUGCAGUCACAGCCACUCUUGAUUGACCUAAAGAGUGAUUUAGUGCUUCUGAGUACUGGAUUCUAUACCAUAAACCUCUGAAUUUUCAAAUUGUAGCCCUUGAAAGUGCAUUAAUUACAUGUAUAAAAAAAUCCCCCAUAUCUACUCUCUGACUACACUGAAAAACUUCUACUAACGAGACUUUAUAUGGGUGUCUUUGGCUACAAUAUAGUCUCAAUUUGAAUAUACAAUAUAUGCUUACACCGCCACUAAGUAAUUAGCUUUUUGGCAAUAUGGUAAACCUAUUUUCCCUGACAAAACUGCAAAUUCACUAUAUCAAAGACCGACACCAAUAAUAUAUUAAUCAUAUAACAAUAUUUUAUAUAUUUUUAUUCACCUUCUAAUGAGCAGUUUCCUUUCAAGUACAUAACACUCUAAAAUCAUGAAAUAGUAUUAUUAAAACACAAAUACUGUGAACCUUUAAAAUCAGAUGAAAGCUCCACUAUUAAAUGUCAUUCAACUGAGAGGAGAAUAACAAAGAAGUUGGUAAAUUGGCAGCAGCAAUUCUAAUGUUACUCUAUUAUAAGCGCGUAUAUAAUAGACAAACCAACGACUGCUGUAAAAUGAAGAGACUGUGAAAAUAUUGAUGGAAGAGACUGGAAGGCUGGAGAGGGUUUGGGGUUAGAGAGGCAUGUUCUCCAUGGUCAUACCACCAACAUCUGGCCCGUGGAGGUGUGUCUGAAACAAUCAUGAGGUAUCCGUUCAUUAAGAGGCUGCUGACUGAGAACGUAUCCGUUCCUUGGGGGUCUUCUGACUGAGAAUGGCAAUUGAGAGCAGUAUUCACAAAAUAGAAAGGAUUCACUCAUAACAGCCCAUCUUUUGAGAAACUGAUAAGGUUUAUGGGUUAUUUCACUUUACAAAAUUUCUACAGGUAAACGUACAAGUUCUAGGAGAGUAUGCCUUUCUGUUGACCUGUAACUUGUCCCUUUGUCUAAAUGAAAACCCUCUAAUUUCCAGGUCACAUGGAGGGAGCAAGAUACUAAUGUGCCAAGUUUUGCAGCUCCUUAUUAAUCAGACCGGUCAUAUGCAGUUCAUGCAUAUGAUGACAAAAACAACUUACUUAAAGCAUCAUAAGCACUACAGCCCACUGUACCUGGUCCGGUCCCCUGAUAAUGGGGUAAACCUUUUUAAAAUGGUUUGUAUUACCUGGGUCCUCACUGAGCUCUCAGGCUCCCUGGUAGUCCAAUGAUGUCCAUCUGUAGAAACUGGAAGCCACGGCCGUGACAUUCAUUGGCUUACUGCGUCAGUUGAAACUGACUAACAUUCUGGGCUUGCUGAUGACACCAAUGGCAGCUAAGAGGUUAAUCUGUGUAUGUGUGCUCUGAGGAACCAUCUAAUGCAACAAUGUAAUUAUCAUCAUUUCAUGAGUUCACAGAUGUCCAGAAUGAACGGGUUUAUUUUCAUCUUAUAUUCGGUGAUUACUCCUUUGUCUAUCCUGUCAUAUAUGCCAUGGGAGGUGCCAAUCCUUUAUAUAUUUAAUUGAGGACUUGACAACUUUUGUACAGAAUCUAGGAGUCAGAAGAAUAAAAAAUAGCCAAAUUUUAUUUAUUCAUUUUUGUUUUGCAUUUUGGAUUUUUUUGACAUUUCACACACCAGAAAACAAAGGUCCUGACAUGAACUGCCUCCUUCCUGACAUCAUCAGACAUGAUGAACUCAGCCAAUCACAAUGCUCUUCCUUAGUAAAGCAUUGGUUUGGCUCAGAUUGUCAAUUCUGAUGAUCUCAACCAAGGAGGCAGGCUGGGGGUGGAACCAGAUGCAUCGCUGGCCAAUUGGCAUCUCCUCAUAGGGGAAAGUUCGGUGUCUCCAUGCAGAGGGUGGCGACCCUGAAUGUGUGUAGCACUGCGCCAGGAAGCACCUCUACUAGCCAUUUGAGGAGUGGACACUGGAGGUUUCACUAGACUAUAAUGGAAACACUGCCUUUUCUCUAAAAAGGCAGUGUUUACUGGAAAAAGCCUGCAGGGACAGGCUAUACCCACCAGAACAACUACAUUAAGCUGUAGUUGUUCUGGUAACCAUAGUGUCGGCUGUAUAUGUAUUUUUGAGAAAUUGCCUCUUUUGGUUUUCAUUCCUACGUUGCAGAAAAAUAACCCUAUUUUGUACCGAGGUGCUCUCCCUAACAGUAUUCCUGUAGCAAUAUCAUGGUGACCAAGACUCUAAAAAUGCUUAUUUGGAACUUCAAGGGCCAUAGGUAAACUUCCUUUCAGUUUCACUCAUUCUAUAUGGCUGUAAAAGGCUUAGAGUGGUGGUACAGCCAUCUGUAUUGGUGGGAGGGAGGGGGGAGAAUAGAAAGAAGGGCAACUAUGUAAAACCAGUACACCUCUAUAUCAGAGACCUCUGAAUGUAAGCAUGUGUUUAAUUACUUGUAACAAAUCUUUUUCUAGAUAUUUUAAAAGAAAAUGCUACCAAGUAGAAUUAGCAGAUUCAUUAAAUGGACUGUCUACCAAAAUAAAUGCUGAAACAUUUUUCAAGUUACUGGUGCUGGGGGUGGAUGGAGGAUAUUGUUUGUGCCAUUUAAAUUUUCAUUAAAUGUUUGCAGUGCUUUUGUAUGUAAUCAGUACCUGUCACUGAAUUUUAAAAAACACUAGCAAGCUGACUACCUCCUACUGUCAGAAAUGUUAGAUUGUUAGACACGUAGUAAUUAUGGCCAUAUUAACUCAUCUUUGUUGGCAAAUGAUGAUAAAUCUUUAUGGGAAUCUCUUUUAAAGUGACUUAUGUAGAGAAAUGUUAAUCUGACAGAGCAACAUUAAACUUAAAGGACCACUGUAGUGCCAGGAAAACAUACUCGUUUUCCUGGCACUAUAGUGCCCUGAGGGUGCCCCCACCCUCAGGGUACCCCUCCCGGCCGGCUCUGGAAAGGGGAAAAGGGGUUAAACUUUUUUCCAGCGCUGGGCGGGGAGCUCUCUGCCUCCUCUCCUCCUCCGAUCCGCCCCGUCGGCUGAAUGCGCACGCGCGGCAAGAGCUGCGCGCGCAUUCAGCCGGUCACAUAGGAAAGCAUUCUCAAUGCUUUCCUAUGGACGCUGGCGUGCUCUCACUGUGAAAAUCACAGUGAGAAGCACACAAGCGCCUCUAGUGGCUGUCAAUGAGACAGCCACUAGAGGGAAUGGGGAAGGCUUAACCCAUUGAUAAACAUAGCAGUUUCUCUGAAACUGCUAUGUUUAUGAAAAAAUGGGUUAACCCUAGAAGGACCUGGCACCCAGACCACUUCAUUAAGCUGAAGUGGUCUGAGUGCCUAGAGUGGUCCUUUAAGUGACGAUAUAUACAAGAAAGUGGUGUACAUUUAGCCAAAAUGAUCAGUGGUUACUUGUGACUUUAUAUGUACUGCAAACCCCAAUAAACACACACAUUAACUUCGGCACAUAAAUUGCUUAGGUGAUGUAACAUUUAUGCUAAUUUUUUGUUUUUAUUUUAGGGUGCCUUUGGAGCCCUUCAGAAAAUAUGUGAAGAUUCUGCUGAGAUUUUAGACAGCGAUGUUUUGGAAAGACCUCUUAAUAUCAUGAUCCCAAAGUUUCUGCAGUUUUUUAAGCAUAGUAGUCCUAAAAUAAGGUAUAUUCUAUGACACUUUAACUGUCAGGGCAGUACAGAAAUUUGUAAGUUAGAAAAAAAACAAAUUUCAGAAACGCCUGUUUAAAUGAAGGCUAGCUUAAAGCGGCCCAGUUAUAUUCUGGGAGCAUCCAUUUUGUUCUCAUCUGACCAUGCCUGCAGUUUGCCCUUCUGUGGGAUUAAUUUAUAUUUAUUUUUUGGGAUUGUAGGUAAAUUUGGCAACUGAAACAGAACCUUGCUUCAAGCUCUGUCCAUUGCCAAGUAUUAUCAACAGAACUGCUCAACGUAAGGAAAAGUAAUCUCUAUUUUUCCUUAUGUAUUUCAUGAAAUUUCAAGAAGUCAGGAAAAACCUAUAUAGAUUCAGACACGGGGAUCUAUAAAAAAGAUCUUUAUAUAAUGGUAAGUUCCUUAAUCCUGCAAAGGUAAUUAUUGCAGUUUUUAAUAAACUCCUGUAAUUACCUUUUAAAGGUUAACUCCCCCUCUAGUGCACCAUCGGCACUUCCAGGUGGUUAGGCGACUUUGUCAGCUUACUGAAGCGGGAUGUCCUCAAGGUAUGCAUUAGGACAUCUAGUGUCAUGUAAAACUCUAUAGGAAAGUAUUAUACAUGCUUUCCUAUGGGGGAAGUACUAAUGCGAGCGUGGCCACGCGAAGACUGAAGGCCAUCUCUGAGAGAGCAGUGUUGUGUGGGGGAAGAGUUAAGCAAACUACCAUGUUAACACUUGUGGUGAUAAGGACUCUAUUUGUAUUCCUUACACUAUAGUGUUCCUUUUAAAAGGAAUGUUUCCCUCACUUGCUAGCUAUCAUUUUCUUUUUGUAGUCUAGAUGAUUGGUAACACUAAGGGGAUAAUUAGUGCAUCUAAUCAUAAUUGCUGCAUUCAGUGUAUUGUAGAAUGAGUGCCCAUUCACAAUGUUUGUCAGUCUUUAAUAUCCACAUAACAGAAGUUGGAAAAGAUUCUUUUCUGUCCUAGAAAAAGUAUACAAUUGAAAUGCAGAAUGCUAACCAUUGCAUAAUUUUACUUCGGUUUGAUAUAUUUUUCUUUCCCGCUAUAGGUCACAUGCUGUUGCUUGUGUCAAUCAGUUCAUCAUUGGAAGAACACAAGCACUUAUGUUGCAUAUAGAUUCUUUUAUAGAGGUAUGCAGAAUAUUUGUACCAGUUGUGUUUUUGAGUGUAUGCACUGAACACCGAAUUGAACAAAGGAUUGCAAAGCUUAGUCUAAAAUAGCUGAUUUUCAAAUUCUCCCACUUUACUAUUGUUACAGCUUGGCUAUUUAUAUUUUGCAAUUUAACGCAAUCUGAAACAAGCUAACAAAUGUCAAAGCAAGUGUUAACACACAAAGUGUCUGUCCUGUGAAAGAUGCAGCAGGCUAACACCAAUGGUUUAUUCAUUUUUAUCUGACAGAAUCUCUUUGCUUUGGCCACUGAUGAAGAACCUGAGGUUCGCAAAAAUGUUUGCCGGGCACUGGUAAUGCUGCUAGAAGUUCGAAUGGAUCGAUUGCUUCCUCACAUGCACAAUAUUGUAGAGGUAACAAUGUAUUUUAUGCUUAAGCCUCUAAAAACAGAAUUAUAAUAUCUUUACCUCUUUGGAUAUGUCAGGAAAUAUUAUUUUUACAGUUCCACAUACAUUAUAAGCGAUAGAUGUUUUAAAGUUAAAGGUGCGCUCUCAGCAAAAUAACCACGAUUGUGUUUCUUUCCCAGUUUAAUAGUUGUUGAUUUGACAAACUGGGGCUCUGUGGGAAGCUCAGUGUUGACUCCAUAUGUAUUGGUAAUGUGUAAUUGACACUUCUGCAUUAUUAUUGUACUAACCUAUUGGCGAUGAUUGAAUAAAAAUGUGGAUCUUAAUUUUAGCACUAUUACUUUUAGCUGUGCUAGAUGGCAAAUGUAUGACAGGUAUGUAAUUUUCAUUGGUAGUCUGCUUAUGGCCUAUGUUUGAGUCUCCUUACCAGAAACAAAAGAAAAUUGUGUGCGUGUCUAUCUAUUAUAGUCUGUUUAACCUCUGUUUGGUUUUCUAAUAUAAGGUAUUUUCUUUACAAUUAUAGUACAUGCUACUGAGGACGCAGGACCAAGAUGAAAAUGUUGCUUUGGAGGCGUGCGAAUUUUGGUUGACACUGGCUGAGCAGCCGAUCUGCAAAGAUGUUCUGUGUAGACAUCUUACAAAGUAAUUUUAUUUAGCUAGCAUUUUACUUACUUUAUAUAUACUUUUUAUUUUCUCAUCCUUAAUCAUUUUGUUAUCUAUAUUAAAGGGACACUACGGUCACCAGAACAACUACAGCUUAAUGUAGUUGUUCUGGUGACUAUAACCAUUGCUCUUAGGCAUUUCUUUGCAAACACUGCAUAGAAAUGCCUCAGUGAAAAGGCAGUGUUUACAUGUCCCUCUAGGGACACCUCCAAGUGGCCACUCAGAUGGCCACUGGAGGUGCUUCCUGGGGCAGUGCUGCACAGUAGGCAGCACUGCCGUUCAGUCUCCACGCUUUCCACGGGGAUGCUGAAUUUUCCUUAUAGAGAUGCAUUAAAUCAAUGCAUCUCCGUGAGAAGGUGCUGACUGGCCAAAACGUGGUUUGGCCCCACCCCCAUCCCACCUCCUUACUGUUUUUAGCCAGUCCAAUGCUUUGCCUAUGGGAAAGCAUUGGAUUGACUAAAAAUGGACAAUUCUGUUAAUGUUGUGAAGGAGGUGGAUUGGGGGCGGGGCCAGUGCAGAUGGACCUGUGCGGCGCUGGAAAUAAGGUACGUUUUGAUUGCUGUGGGGGGGGGGGGGGGGGGGGGCAAGCCACAUAAAUGGUGGGUUUAGCACUAUAGGGUCAGAAAUACAUGUUUGUGUUCCUGACCCUAUAGUGUUCUUUUAAGGCAUUUGGGACAAGCAGGUCAUAACCAGCAAAGUGCCCCCAAAAAUAUGAAUUUCUCUUUGGCACAACGAUGUUUAACAUGACCAAUGUUUCAGUUGGUACAGUAAACUUCUCAAGAUAAGCCUUACACUUAAACUGAAUACAUGUGGGGUUUGUUUCUGAGCUAAAACUAAAGUACUAGUGGUAUCAUUAACAAGUAGCACAUCACUUGCCGUGACUGGACCGUACUGUAAAGGACAUAGUAAGGAAAUAUUGUCCUUAAGAAGAGUUAAAGUGCUCUGUAUUGGCAGGAAAGCCUGGAAUUUGUUUUGCACAACUCAACAGCAUCAAAUGAUGGGGGAAAUCCAGGAUGUUAGGAUGAUCCCUUUUUAAAUCUGGGACUGCAGGAGGGGUGUUAUGCAUUCAGAAUCCGAUUUUGGAAAUGUAUGAACUCUUGGCCAUUCUCUAGUGAACGGUUUUUAUGUUCAAUUUCAGAUUGAUACCGGUCUUAGUAAAUGGAAUGAAGUAUUCCGAAAUUGAUAUAAUCUUGCUUAAGGUGAGUGACUUUUAUAGUUGCAUCAAUUUUAUGCUCUUCUGGUGUUUGCCAUUCUGAUAACUCUGCUUGUCCUGAUCUUUUCUCCAGGGUGAUGUUGAAGAGGAUGAAGCUGUACCGGACAGUGAGCAGGACAUUCGGCCUCGCUUCCAUAGAUCAAGGACAGUAGCUCAGCCUCAUGAAGAAGAUGGUAUUGAGGAAGAUGAGGAUGAUGAUGAUGAUCUGGAUGAUGAUGAUACAAUAUCUGACUGGAAUAUACGUGAGUACUGAAACCCCACAGUCUGUCUUUUUGGAGUGCGCUCUCAAAUAUUGUGCGUCAUGUUAAGAUAUGGAAGCCAUUAUCUAGAUUUCACUAAAUGCAAUGGUUUUUACUCUUCCAGGAAAGUGUUCUGCUGCAGCUCUUGAUGUGCUAGCCAAUGUGUUCAGAGAUGAACUUUUGCCACACAUCUUGCCUCUUUUGAAAGAGUUACUUUUCCAUCCAGAAUGGGUCGUCAAGGAGUCUGGAAUCCUGGUGCUUGGAGCAAUUGCUGAAGGUUGGUUGCUUUUGAAACUACAAGUUGAAAAACACAGGCUAACUUUUUUUUGGGGGGGGGGGCAUUCUUUAUUUUUGGUAGUGCAUAGAUAGACCUACAUAAAUGAAGCAUGCAUAAAAAAACAGAAGCGUUAUAAAUUGAUCAUAAAAUGUCAAUUACUGCAGUUUUUGUUUUAUAUUGUUAAGAUAGAGAAGCAUGGAAUGCGACUAGAUAACUUCCCUGGAAGGCCCCCUCCCCUAUUAUUGAGACGAUAAAAAUACACUAUUGCAAUGAGGGCUAACUGUAACAAGUGAGACAAUAAUAAACCGAAAAGAAUACACCUAAAGCGACAUGGAAGUUAUUAAACCCCACAGUUAGGAAAGGUGAAGUACUAGGAGCUCUUGCUAGCACUGUUCCAAAGCCAAAAUCAGCAUAUGCCUUUCAAGGGCACAGUGCAAUCAUGUGCCGAGUAGAUGAGCUGCAGGCCUCGGAGCCUGUAUGGAGAAUGGCGAUUCACUGCAGAUACUGCUGGUGGAAUUCCCCUCUGUACCUUCAGUCUCAUGAGGCCCAGCUUUGGUGCACGUUGGCACCGGUUUCCGUGCCAUCUUGUAUCCAGGUUAGCUGCACUUCUCCCUCCACUGCUAUAUUUGGGCCUGCUCUCCUGCUAGAUCCAUGGGCUCCUGAUAAGCGAUCUGGGAUAAGUGGUCAUAGGGGCUGUAUUUCAAGAUCUGUUAAGUCCGGGCACCUCCGUACCAGAUCAGCCGUCUCUCUUGUUCAGCACGCACCAGGCAGCUGUCGUCACGAUGGAGUACACACACUCGUGAUGGGUCUCUGACCGCUGCACAACAUAACCGGUGUGUCGAGGAUUAAAGCUGAUAAAAGAUAUGACCCUAAUUGGGUUAAGUGAGUUUGUAUAUUGUGCUGAAUGACAGAAUAGUGGAGGAGCUCACUCCACCAUGACAGCCAGGCCCCUGGCACUAUAGCUUCCCUUCAAAGGUGACUUGGGUACAUUAAAGGUAACUUAUGGUAGUUUGAAUUUUUCAGAUGCUAUUAUACCCCAAAAUGUAUCGUAGACUAACCAUCAAUGCUCUAAUUGUUUAAAAUAAAAAAACUAUAUUAGGCAGGCUGCUAAUUUUGUCCUUCACAAAAACUUGGCAAAAGUCUUAUUGUAAUUGGGAGAUGUGUGCUUUCACUUGUCCUAUAAUUGCAUCCCACUGAUACUCCACUAAAUGCUUCCAGGGGAGAGUCAGCAUGAUGGAUGCCCAAGUAUAUUGUAAAUUGUUCAAAAGCGGUUUAAAACUAGAAGAUAAGACGGCGCCAGGGUGCUUAAGGCAACAUUGCCACUUUUUUGAGAUUAAGUGGAUUUGAUGUCUGGAAUGUUCAAUUAAUCUGUCUGCACAAUAUAUGCAUUUAAAAGAUCAAAAAAGACUAUUCCUAAGUGAUUAUAUUUGUACUUUUUUUUUUUUCUUCCCUUAAGUUAAUAAUCUAAAGUAAUUACACGUCAUAUAAUGUGAAUUAAAUUGAUUUUGUUUUCCAGGUUGCAUGCAGGGUAUGAUCCCAUACCUCCCGGAGCUAAUUCCCCACCUUAUUCAGUGCCUGUCUGAUAAAAAGGCUCUUGUGCGCUCUAUCACGUGCUGGACUCUUAGCCGCUAUGCACAUUGGGUAGUUAGCCAACCCCCAGACAAUUUUUUGAAGCCAUUAAUGACAGAGCUGCUAAAACGUAUCUUAGAUAGCAACAAGCGAGUACAAGAAGCGGCUUGCAGGUAUGUAAAAUCAUUCAUUUGUGGGUCUGUGUACAUUUUUGCCUUUUUGCAAUUCGGCAUCUUUAAAAAAAUAAAAAAAAUAUUCAUCAUGAUUACCUGUUCUUCUAAUGUUCCCAAAAAGCAUUGACUGCUAUAGGAUAAGCAUUAUUCUUAAAGGACAAGAGCGUACACAGCAUUUGUGGUGUAUAGGCAGAAUAAUGGGGUGAAACGAAAAAGUGAAAACUGCAUCUUAACUUCAAUAUAAUAAACCAGACCACUAACUACUAAUCCGUUUAAAUAUGUGACUAAAGCAACCUUUAAUUUAGGGUAAAAAUUAAAGUUGGAUUAACAAUAAGUUUUGACACUUCAGUACCUUCAAAGGCAGCGCUGUCUUGGUACUAAAAGCAAUUAAGAAGACUGCUGGUAAACCCUGCUAUUUAAUUACUGCUAUACUUGUUUCAUAUCUGUGCUGUGCUAAUUCAUUGUGUCCAAAGCGCCAAAGUUCCAAGCGUCUCUAUUUUAUUCUGAGUGUUUUUAUCUGAAAAGUUGUCUGCUUCUACAGCUGCCUCCAUUACAGAAGUUGAACACUAACUCAUUCCCCCUCAGCCUAUAAAAAAAAAAUAUAUAUAUAUAUAUAUAUAUAUAUAUAUAUAUAUAUAUAUAUAUAUGGGUGUGCCAAACAUUUUCUUUAUUUGUGGUAUAUAAGAAAGAAAAAUAAGAGUGUAGAUACAACUUAUUAUAGAAUAUACUUUACCUUUAAUUAGAACUUCUAUUUAGAUUGAAAAAAAAUUAAAUUAGGGCAAUUCUCAUAUGUAAUAAACACAUAAAAUGCAAUAGCACUGAAUAUAGAGUAGGAGUUAAAUGGCUACAGUACAAUGUCAGCAAUUCUGUUGGUAUCAAACAAGCAAGCAGCAAAUAAAAAUCUAAUUGCUCAAAUUGCCUUAUUGGUGCAACUCUUAGCCAGACCCCCGAUUGGAAUCUAGAGGAAAGUAAAACUGCCGGCAACAGUGGAACAAAAAAUGUGUACACGAGAGGGUCAAAAGUAAAUGCCUGACCACAGUCGACCCAACUGUAAACUAAAGAUCAACCAGCGAACAAAAGAUAUCCUGAAGGUUGUAAUCUCCAGUGGAAUGUGUGAUGUACAGGUGAUACUCGAAAAAUUAGAAUAUCGCGCAAAAGUUCAUUUGUUUCAGUAAUGCAACGUAAAAGUGGAAACUUAUAUGAGAUAGAUGCAUUACAUGCACAGCAAGAUAGUUCAAGCCGUGAUUUGUCAUAUGUGCAAUGAUUAUGGCUUUUAUAGCUCAUGAAAACCCCAAAUCCACAAUCUCCGUAAAUUAGAAUAUUGUGAAAAGGUGCAAUAUUCUAGGUUCAGUGUCCCACUCUAAUCAGCCAAGUAAGCCUUUAAAUGGUCUCUCAAUCUGGUUCAGUAGGAAUCCCAAUCAUGGGGAAGACUGCUGACCUGACAGUUGUGCAGAAAACCAUCAUUGACACCAUCCAUAAGGAGGGAAAGCCUCAAAAGGUAAUUGCGAAGGAAGUUGGAUGUUCCCAAAGUGCUGUAUCAAAACACAUUAAUAGAAAGUUAUGUGGUAGAAAAAGGUGCACAAGCAGCAGGGAUGACCGCAGCCUGGAGAGGAUUGUCAGGAAAAGGCCAUUCAAAUGUUUUGACUUUCACAAGGAGUGGACUGAGGCUGGAGUCAGUGCAUUAAGAGCCACCACACAUAGACGGAUCCUGGACAUGGGCUUCAGCUGUUGUAUUCCUCUUGUCAAGCCGCUCCUGAACAACAACAAAUGUCAACGCCAAAGUCCUCUUUUCUGAUGAGAGCAACUUUUGCAUCUCAUUUGGAAACAACGGACCCAGUCUGGAGGAAGAAUGGAGAGGCACACACUGCAAGAUGCUUGAAGUCCAGUGUGAAGUUUUCACAGUCUGUGUUGAUUUGGGGAGCCAUGUUAUCUGCUGGUGUUGGUCCACUUGCUUCAUUAAGUCCAGGGUCAACGCAGGCGUCUACCAGGAGAUUUUGGAGCACUUAAUGCUUCCUUUCACACACUAGCUUUAUGGGGACGCUGACUUCAUUUUCCAGCAGGUUCAAUGCCGUGGGAUUACUGUGCUUGAUUGACCAGCAAACUCGCCUGACCUGAACCCCAUAGAGAAUCUAUGGGGCAUUGCCAAGAGAAAGAUUAGAGACAUGAGACCGAACAAUGCAGAAGAGCUGAAUGCCGCUAUUGAAGCAUCCUGGUCUUCCAUAACACUUCAGCAGUGUCACAGGCUGAUAGCUUCCAGGCCACGCUGCAUUGAGGCAGUAAUUGCUGCAAAAGGGCCUAAACCAAGUACUGAGUCCAUAUCCAUGCUUAUACUUUUCAGAGGUCUGAUAUUGUUCUAUGUACACUCCUUGUUUUAUUGAUUGCAUGUAACAUUCUAAUUUACUGAGAUUGUGGAUUUGGGGUUUUCAUGAGCUGUAAGCCAUAAUCAUCGCACUUAUGACAAAUCACGGCUUGAACUAUCUUGCUUUGCAUGUAAUGCGUCUAUCUCAUAUAUUGUUUUCCACUUUUACGUUGCAUUACUGAAAUAGAUUAACUUUUGGACGAUAUUCUAAUUUUUCGAGUAUAUCACAAGUGUCUGCCGGAAACUUCGACUUAGGCCACCUGAUAAUGGGAGAAGCCCAUAAAAUGUGUAAGCACAGCCUGGACACACACAUUCUACAUGUUUUGUCUCUUCAAGAGAGUUUAUGAAGACAUGCAACUUGCUUACGCUUGCAACUAUAUUGGGGGUGGGGGGGGUUCUUCAAGAUUUUAUUUCUGUCCUAAUAAACUCUACAAGGCAAUCUAAAUGUGGAUGCCAAUUUUAAGACCAUCAUUAAAAAAAAUUUAUAGUGCAGUGGUGUCUAGAAGAAAUGAAAUUGAAGGUAGAUUUUUGUGUAAUGUAAGAAAGCCUCGGAUACUACAUGGUUAAUUUUUUUUAUUCACUUUUACUUUUAAAGGGUUUGUUGAUGAUUGUUUCUCUUUUUCGUAUAGUGCCUUUGCUACACUAGAAGAAGAAGCUUGUACAGAGCUUGUUCCGUACUUGGCUUACAUUUUGGACACUCUGGUCUUCGCUUUUAGUAAAUACCAGCAUAAAAACUUGCUCAUCCUUUAUGAUGCCAUCGGGACCUUAGCGGAUUCUGUAGGACACCAUUUGAACAAGCCAGUGAGUAGUAUGGACUUCCAACAGUUUUAUGAAUAAUUAUGUUGACUGCAUUUCUGUACCAUUUUAGAGAAUUAAUAAUAUUAAAUUGGCUCUGUCAUAUGCUGGGGUCUUUGCAUAAUUUGCUGUGACCCCUGAUGGUGACUGCUUCAUGAGGUGUAGGGAUAGGCGAGUUGUACUUGAUUGAACCUGCCCUGUUAUUUUCCUGACUAUCCUCUUCAGUGCCAGGAGCUCAUGUCUGUGUUCUACUCCUGCGCUUGCGUGAAUAGAUAUAGGAAUAAUAUAGGAUUCCGUGAGACUUCAGGACAGAGCUUUCAUAGACCGCAUUUUCUCCUACAGUCCUUACAAGUUAUGGCUUGCGUAUAUGACAAAACUGUAGGCGGAGCUACUUUUGUCAAGUUUUGUCAGCGUAGCAGAAAUACUAAUUAGUUUAUCUUUUGACUGCGAUGUAUUUAAGUGAAAUCAUAACACAGGCAACGCAAGCAUUUCAUAAAGCAAUUGUGAGCCAUGUUAAUAUACGUUUAUUGAUAACGUUUACAGAAUGAGCACGUGAUAACAUUUAGACACUUCAUAGACCGCAUCUAGAUUUGACACUCUAAGCACCAUAACUACAGCUCAUUAUAGUUCUGGUGCUGUGAGUCUUUGAUUGCUAUGUCCGGUUUAUGGUCCAACUGGCUUUGGGAGAUUUGACAAAAUACAGUUAACCCCUUAAGGACAAAAGAAAGAGAAGACUACUGCCAUAGAGAUGAAUGUAUAAAGUUAAAAAUUUACUUUUAAUGAUACAAUUAAAAUGAAAUUGAAAAACAAAUUAAUUUGAUAAAAUCUCGAUAUGCCAAAAGGGAAUAUAGAGAAAUACACAAGAGACAAACAAGUGGUUGUAAUAUCUAGAUCAGGGGUAGGCAACCUUUUAGCAGCACUGUGCCGAUAUAGGAUUGUGAUGUCCCGUAGCGUGCCGGUCCUAUUUUUUAUUUUUUUAUAUUGAGGUGUGAAUGCUGCCGUAUUCUGCUUGUGUUUAUUUAUACUGUAAUUGCUUUGUAUCAUUGUAUUUGUGCGUAUAAGAGCUAUUAUAUUGUAUAUGUUCAUGAGUAGAUUGUGGUAUAGUGUAUGAUGCAUAUCAAUGUGGGCUGUGUAUGAGGGCUGCUUGUGGAAUUGCGUGUGGAUGGAUAUGUCACAUUGUGUGUUUGGUAGUGUGUGUAUGUGUGGGGGCUGUUUGGGGUAUAGCAUGUGAGAGGCUGCAUGUAUGUGGAUUGUACUGGGACUCCUGAUAGGCCAGAGCCUGUUUGGCUCUAGCAGCCUUGAGUGCCGUGCAUGGUAGGUGCCAUAGGUUGCCUACCCCUGAUCUAGAUUGUUAAAUGCACAAAAGACAAACAAGUGGUUAUAAUGUCUAGAUUGUUACAAAUUCAUCGCUGAUACAUCAGACACUAUAUAAAUUGUUGCAAGUUGAUAGUUUCACUUUACUUAUGCUACAAUGCAAUAUAUAUACUAUCUAUAAGAGGUAGACAGGAACAGAAAUAUAAAUUGCUUAGGAAUUAUAUAUAUCCAAUAUCAUCAUCAUGGAACUAAGUGAAAUUAAUUAGUUAAACUCCCAAUAUAAACCCAUAAAAAGUUUCCCAAAAUUCUGACUGUGCCUUCAUGGGCACCUACCUCAAAAAGAAAGACUAAACUAGCUAGCUAUCCAAAGCCCUGUGAAGAGGGAAAGAGGGUGAAUAAAGAGGUGAAUCUACUGAACGCCUUGAUAAGCGUAUAACUGUGCACAAUUACUUAAUGUUCUAAUCAAAGAUCACUUUUUGUUAAUUGAUUGCUAAAAGUAGAACGAACAAAAGCAGAUUCUUAUAUAUAAAUCAUUAUGAUUAAUGUCUAUAUAAGCAAAAGAAUCUAACUGUGCAUUCAUGGGCACCUGCCACUGCUGAAAAGGCUAAGCUAGCUAUUUUUCGAAAGAUAAGCCCUGAUAAGCGUACCCAAGCCCCGAAAGACUAUAGUCAGAAAAAUACUGAGCAGUACCGAUUAGACCCCACCGAGAAUAUAUAAUAAUUGUUAGUUAAAGGACCACUAUAGUGCCAGGAAAACAUACUCAUUUUCCUGGCACUAUAGUGCCCUGAGGGUGCCCCCACCCUCAGGGACCCCCUCCCGCCCGGCUCUGGAAGGGGGAAAGGGUUAAAAACGUACCUUUUUCCAGCGCUGGGCGGAGAGCUCUCCUCCUCCGUUCCUCCUCCUGGGCUGAAUGCGCACGCGCGGCAAGAGCUGCGCGCGCAUUCAGCCCGUCGCAUAGGAAAGCAUUUCAAUGCUUUCCUAUGGACGCUUGCGUGCUCUCACUGUGAAAGUCACAGUGAGAAGCACGCAAGCGCCUCUAGUGGCUGUCAAUGAGACAGCCACUAGAGGAUUAUGUGGAAGGCUUAACCCAUUCAUAAACAUAGCAGUUUCUCUGAAACUUCUAUGUUUAUGAAAAAAUGGGUUAACCCUAGCUGGACCUGGCACCCAGACCACUUCAUUAAGCUGAAGUGGUCUGGGUGCCUAGAGUGGUCCUUUAAAUACAGGCUAAGGUAGUUCGAAAAGGGGAGCUGUAUCAAGCGAUGAAUUUGUAACAAUCUAGACAUUAUAACCACUUGUUUAUCUUUUGUGCAUUUAACAAUCUAGAUAUUACAACCACUUGUUUGUCUCUUGUGUAUUUCUCUAUAUUCCCUUUUGGCAUAUCGAGAUUUUAUGAAAUUUAUUAUUUUUUCAUUUUAAUUGUAUCAUUAAAAGUAAAUUUUUAACUUUAUACAUUCAUCUCUAUGGCAGUAGUCUUCUCUUUCUUUUUUUGAAUUACUUCAAUUAGGGUUAACCCCUUCACUGCCUAGGUUGAACUACCAUUAAGCUUCCACCUUUUCCUCUGUUUUCCUUAAGGACAAAACUUCUGGAAUAAAAGGGAAUCAUGACAUGUCACACAUGUCAUGUGUCCUUACGGGGUUAAAGGAACAGCGCACAUACAAAAACAAAUGGUUUUAAAUUUUACAAGGCUACUUAAAAUCUCCCCAACUUGGCAUUCAAAUAUGGGGAUUCAGUUCCACCAUAUGGCCAUAUUGUUUUAAGCCCACCACUGCGUCAUAGUACUCCAAUGCCUGUGGGUUCUACACUAAAUUUAAGGUAAAUUUACAUGCUACCCUACAAUACUUACAGUUUCAACUGCCUUCAGAGACUCCAAAACUUAUGCUUUCCAUUGGUCACUUCCAAAGGGUGAGGUGGUCAGCCCAAUAAGAAUCUGGAGAUUUGACAAACACUGGUGUUUUCCCCAAUAAAUGACUCCAAAAUAGCUUCACCUUAAAAUUAGAGCACAGGACAUAGAGCAUUUUAGCUUUCUAUAGAAUUCCUGGGUGUGACGCUGUCUGACUGAACAUAUUUUCCAAUCUGUUCUACGCAUAAAGCCAUGGUCUGAGACAGUAAUGGUUGGUUGUAAGAAAUCUUAAAGGGACUCUCCAGUGUAAGCAAACCCUCUCCCUCCCACCCCCAUCCCAUGUUAAAACCCCUUCAGUGACUUACCUGAAUCCAGCGCCGAUGUCCCUCGGCGCUGGGUCAGGCUCUGCCCACGCUCCUUCCCUGCAAACGUCAGCCGGCGGGGGAGAUCUAAUGUGCAUUAGACCUCCCCAUAGGAAAGCAUUAUACAAUGCUUCCCUAUGGGGAUUCCGGUGACACUGGAGGUCCUCAUGCAUAGCGGUAGGACGUCCAGCUUCGUUUAAAACGCUUUUUGCGUUCUAGGAACACGGACGUCCCUCUAGUAGCUUUCUGAUAGCCACUAGAGGAGGACUUAACCCUGCAAGGUAAUUACUGCAAUAAUUACACUUGCAGGGUUAAGGGUGAUGGCGAUUGGAACUCUGACCACUCCAAUGGGCAGAAGUGGUCUGCGUGCCUGGAGUGUCUCUUUUAAAUAUGCAGUUUGUAGCAAUUUGGCUUGCAGACACCUUGAUUUAAAAAUAUGAAUGAUACAUGAAGUGAUUGGGUUCCAAAUAUGUGUUAAUUGCUUUAUGAUUUAAUGCAUGUGUUUACCUUUCGAACAGGAGUACAUUCAGAUGCUUAUGCCUCCUCUCAUUCAAAAAUGGAAUGUGCUAAAGGAUGAGGACAAGGAUCUCUUCCCUUUACUUGAGGUAGGUUCUCUGUUGGCAAUUUUGUUUUAACAAUAUUGUAUAUUAUGGAAAUAUUUCAUGCAUUCUUCUGUUCAGAAAGAAAGUGUUCAGACUCCAUUUUAAAUAAUAAUAAUAUAAAGAUUGUCUUGUGUGUGUGGUGGUGUUUUUUUGUUUUGUUAUUUUUCUACCAGAGCAGGCUUCUCUAGAAUUUUUAUUUUCCCAGUGUCACACUUGCUCUUUGAAAAUUUUGUUAUUGUGCAAUAAUUACUGGGAAACAGAAUUUUGAGACCAGGAAUAAUAUAACGACUAACAGACAUGAAACACUUAACCGAGAACUAAACAAUGUGACUUAGUUUUAACUUUUCUAAAGCAGUCUGUACACACUUUUUUUUUUUUUUAAGUGAAUUAUGCAUCAAAAAUGUUGCUUUCCAUAAGCGGAAACUCGUUAUUAAUAAUUUUCUAAUUUUUUUUUUUUAUGUAUUGCGCUAAGAGUUAACGGAUUAGUAACUUGUAGCCGAUCUGCUUUAAUUCCCAGUCUCUGUUUAAUUUUUAAGUGGCAAAUAUCCACUGAAACCUGUCUUCGCGUUAAAGAUCUGCAAGCUUAUCUUUAAGUUUGAGUGAUUGUAGUGCCCUAAUUGUCCUUCCCAUGCAUACCUUUCCUCAUGCCAGUUUCAGUUGUGUUUCCAAACUAUCCUCAGUAUGACCGGUUUAAUACUGAUAGGUAACUGAACAUGAGAACGCUGUUUGUGCGAUGCUGUAAUGAACUUGACAACUACUCUGCAAAUUUACUUGUCACCCAGUUACUCCGAGCCAUGUCAAGUAAGAAAUAGCGUUUAGCUGGGCUCAGCAGCUUGUGAUUGGUUUAGCAUUAAGCUGUAAUCUUGUUGAUGGGGAAGUACUUAUAGCUUGCUACUGGUCUGAUGAUGUGUUCAUAUUAAGAAAAAUAAACUGUUUUCUGUGUGGAUAGGAGACUCAAACACGUACUGUUAAAAUGUCUCUUGUUCAAGUUUAAAAUAUGUUUAGGAUUUUAACAUUAUACCCCAAAAACAAAAGAACUUCAUAACAACAUGAUGCAUAAGUUGAGUUCACAAGGGUUGUGUAAUAUAGUAGAUGUUCAGUUGGAUUUAACCCCUUUUUAAAGAUUUAUUUUUUUAUUUGGAGUCUGAUGGUCCUGUUCUUUGACAGUGAAUAAUUUGUGUUUUCAGAAAUGUUUGUUUAUUAACCUGAGAAGUAAAAACAUACCAUCACAAAUUACAGGGUGUAUUUGUAUGGAGCUGUGGUCGGCUUAAUGUUUGAUUUCUUGCCUUAUAUACAGAUUGUCUUGUUGCACACAAUUUAAAAAACGUUAAUUUUAUUAUGGUCAGGUCCCCCUUUAUUGUAUUUGUGACUGGGCAGCAAUAGCAGCCCAGUCACUUGUAUUUUCUUAUGACCGAGAGCUGCCACUCGACAUUCACGGCACAAGUUAAGGGCAGCUGGGAGGAUUUAACCGCGAUAUUGCUAUGUGCAUGCAAAAAUAAAAUGCUAUAAACUUUGAAAGAAGUAAUGGCUAUAGAAUAUACCAUAUGACAUUCUCCGUGGUGUCUUUCACAAAUGGUAUGCAUUUAUGCGGUGGUUUGAACUGUGAAACUGCUAGUGUCCCAAAAUGUGCUAAAGGGCCUAGCAAUUUCCUCAAUCCAAUUUCUUAUUGUUAAAACUGGAUAAUAAAGUAUCUUAUGUGGCACUGUAACUUAGUGCCAAAGGGAAACAUUGGGGGCAUUGAUUUGUUCAUAAGAGUUUGCUGAGCAUAAUAUAGAUGCUCUAGAAGUUCUACAUUCAUAAAUGGUAGGCCUGUGGGGGGUAAUUUCCACAAACUGCUAUGGCGUCCCAAAAUGAGACAGGCCAAUCAAAUCCUAUAAAAUUUCUAACUGUAAAAACUGAAGUGGUCACAUCUCUUGUAUGGCACUGUAGCUUCACAUGAUAGUAGCAAAGGCAUACCCUGGGGUAUUAUUGUACUCAGAAGAUGUAGCUGAAAACAUUAUGGGGUUUUGCGCAGUAGUAGCACACACCAGGUUUACAAAAUAAAAACCUUGUUAAAGGACCACUAUAGGCACCCAGACCACUUCAGCUUAAUGAAGUGGUCUGGGUGCCUGGUCCAUCUAGGAUUAACCCUUUCUGCUGUAAACAUAGUUUCAGAGAAACUAUGUUUACCUAUGGGUUAAUCCAUAGGUGAUUUUUCACAGUGAGAAGACGCCAGCGUCCAUAGGAAAGCGCAUUCAGCCGAUGACUGGGAAAGGAGGCGGAGAGCCCCCACCGCUUAGGGAGCCCGGCGGUGGAGAAAAGGUAAGUGUUUAACCCGUUCCUCACCCUAGAGCCCGGAGGGAGUGGGACCCUGAGGGUGCGGGGGACCUAGAGACCCUAUUGUGCCAGGAAAACAAGUAUGUUUUCCUGGCGCUAUAGUGGUCCUUUAAAUGUGUAUAUGUUAAAAAUCAGAAACAGACAUUUUCUUACAGUAUUUACCAGAGACUGGCAGUUAAAUGGUGCAUAAUACAAAUCAUCAGGUAAAUAGCCUGUGAUGUAUAUUUUAUAUAAAUAUAUAUUUUUGCGUGGCAAUUGUGUUUUCUGUGAUUGCUAUUAAACUUACAAAAUAACCAUACCAAUUCUAAAAUCGCUCCACAUUGAAAUUAAAUUUUUUACUCCUUAGAUUUUGUGAUCUGUAAAUACAUUCUUAUUGUGUGUGUGUGUGUGUGUGUAUAUGUGUGUGUAUAUAUAUAUAUAUAUAUAUAUAUAUAUAUAUAUGUAUAUAUAUAUAUAUAUAUAUAUAUAUAUAUAUAUAUAUAUAUAUGUGUGUGUGUGUGUAUUUUGUCACAUUGAAUUAAAGCCUUUUUUUGUAUGUUAAUAAACUGUAGUAUUUGUUAGUGAUGGAAAUUACGGUUAAACACACAGAGCAAAAAAUUUAAAAAAUGCUUUGGUCCUUAUAGUGGCUCUGUCACCUAAACCUUGCCUUACUCCUAUUGUUUCCUCUUCUCUUCUUCUUUACAAAACUUUUCUGAUUUUCUUCAUGACUGAUCUAUAUGUCUUUACAACACAAGACUAAUGGAAGUCUUGUGAAACUUUCCUACGCUAGACAAAUGUGACAAAAGGCAAUACAUGCCAAAGAAACAUCCAACAUCAUUACAUCAGUAUACUAUCGCUCACACUCCUGCUUUUCCAUCCUGGUGUGGAGGAAGAAGACCUAAUCACCCACUACAUCUUCGAUUUGUGGACAAGCAUAUUCUCCCAAAGUACUCUCCUUUCUGCUGGUCCUUCCUCCAUUGCCUUAUGAGAUCUUAGUGCAUCAUUUCUACUGAUAGUACCCUUGGGUUAUUCAUCCGAAAGACAAUUAAUGAAUAGAAAUUAGAACAUAUGAAACAAACCGAAUUUUUUUUUUUAUGUGCAAUUCCUUUAUUAGUUUUAGUUCCAAAGAGGGAGCUACUGGCUCGAGGCUACCUUCUUGUAAUAUUUAAAAUUAGACGUGGCGUCAACUUCCUAAAUGCCCACCCUUGGCCUAGAGGUUGUCAGUAUGACUCCAUAUUGGUUAAAUCCUCUCUGCCGUGCCGUGAAUUGCCCGUGGUAGCUCUCUGUCAUAAGAAAAUACAAGUGACUGGGCUGCUAUUGCUGCCCGGUCACAAAUAAAAUAAAGGGGGAUCUGACAUUAAUAAAAUUAACUGAAGUGAAGAUAAGUUUGUGUGACAGAGCAGUUUAGCAAUUUCAGCACCAUAUUCUAUAUGUAUAGUAACUUUGUGUAUAUUUUGUAUUCCAGUGCCUAUCUUCUGUCGCUACUGCACUUCAGUCUGGUUUUCUACCAUACUGUGAACCUGUAUAUCAGCGCUGUGUGAACCUGGUUCAAAAAACUCUUCAACAAGCCAUGGUAAAGUCUUAAUGUGACCUCUCCCAACAGCAACUAACCUCUUUUCAGUCCUCUUCCUUUAUCUCUUGUGCCGUUUGUCUGUGCUUUUUUCCCUUACAGAUUCCUAGGGCAUAAAAACAGGGGCAGUGUAAAUCCAUGGAUAGGAAAAUGGUGGUAAAGAUUUUAUAGCAGCAGCCUAUCAUUAUUCCAUUAUAAAACUACAGCAAGUUGAUCUAAAGAGCACUGUCACUUUUGAUCUUUUCCGAAAGGUGAAAUCUUUAAUUUAGACUAUUGUGAUUUAAUUGACAUUCAAAUGCAAUUAAAAGAUAGAGUUGGGACUUCUUUGUCUUGUAUACAAGCUGAUAUUUUGCAAAAUACUAUCUUUGAAAGGCUUUCCACCUGAGCUACCUUGCCAUUUCCCAUCCGCUAUUGUUUGUAUCAACUGAUGAGAACAGGUAUCAUCUGUGCAGUUCACAAAAUGGUUUCUCUUUGCACAUCCCCAAGAAUAUCUUCCAUAGACUUUUGUACACUAGCAAAAGUAGACCAGCGAAUGUGUCGUGGCAGGCUAACUUGUUAAAAUGUUAAAUUGCUUUAGGAGAUGUCUAAAAGGUACGCUGGACCCCUAAUUCACUGUAGCUUGCUGAAAUGCUUGUUUUACAUGUGAAUAGUGCCUGUUUUUGUGUUUUUGUUUUUUCUUCAAAAAGUGCAGAUUUCAACGCAAAGUGGAACUUUUAUAAAUUCACCUGGUUACACAACCUUUCUCUCCCCCUCCCUCCCCCCCUCCCCCCGGCUUUCAAGCAGACAACUGUUCCUCCUACUUACUGGUUUGGUAUAGCUCAGUGGAGCUAAACUCCAGAGGCAGUAAUUGCCCAGAGCACCAGCCCUGCAAAGACUUCUUAUUGAGCUGCAUUGAGAAGUCUGAUUAAACCAUCACAGAAAGUCUCGGCUGGGUUAGAAGAGGACUUGCAAAGGUUUUGCAAGCUGUGUUUUUUUUUUUUUUUUAAAUAUACCCACACUGAAAAUGUGUAAUGAAAUGCUUGCAUUUUAUUUCUCUGGGGUAAACCUACUAAAGUGAUUAAAAAUAAAUUAAUUUAUUUUGUAUUUGGGCAGUAGUGUCCCUUUUAAUACUAAUUCCUUUCUCCAGCACACCUAACACUGCUAUCAUGGAAUGUCUGUAAUACCCAUGCAUUGCUUCCACAUAUGUUCCAUUCCCCUCUGACAUGGUUGACCCCACUUGGAAACUUCCUCAAGCAUUGCAAAUAAUCCAUGUGAAGCAGGGAGCAUUUCCCCAUGGCUUUUUUUGCCAAUGCAUUAGCAUCUGUUAAUAUGUUGCUACAUUCCUCUAGCAAAGCAUGACAUACUUGCCAUUUUAAUCUUGGCAACUAAAACACAUGUGACAGGAAGCAGCGGAACUGUUUGUCAUUUGGAUGAGCGAAGGGAAUGCAUCUGUAUUUUAAGAACAUUUAGAGAUCUGUUAACACAAUAUAUAGAUGCAUUUUAAUAAAGUUUCAUUAGAAAAUAAGUUGGUGCUGUGGUUUUCAACCAGUGUGUCUCACAAGCACGUUGACUUCAGAGCUGUCAUAGGUUGAAUGCAGUUCUUUUUGAAUAAGUGUCAGCAAGUCACCAUUUCGGUGACCCCUUCCCCGCAAGGGUUAAGCCAUUUUACUUAUCUUUCUGCCCACGCCAUGCUUCUCUCUUCUCGUCACACCACCUCCUUGAAUGAGAUAAUCAAUCUUGGUGAUUUCAACCAAUCCAAUACUUUUACAAUAUGAAAUCAUUUGGGAUACUAGGGCACAUGCACUAGAGACCAUCUUAUUGAAAUAGCUGAGAUUGACUCUAUUUCUCUGGAUGCACCUCUUGUGGCUGUCAGUAUGACAACCCCUAGAGACAUUUAAGUCUUGCAAUGUAAACAAUGCCAAUCCUGCAGAACGUAAAUGAAAAGGCAGUGUUUUACAUGAAAAUGCCUGAAGGGAGCUAUUAUACUCACCAAAACAACUACAAUAAGCUGUAGUUGUUCUGGUGACUAUAGUGUCCCUUUAAACUUUUUUUUUUUUGGUGGUUUUUUGAUCCAUAGUCUCAUCGGAACACUGUCACUAUUCAACAAGGAGUUGUUUUAAAAUGAGUGUCCAAGUGGCAACAUUGUGUUUGAAGUAGGUUACAAAUAGUAGCCCAGACAUAAAUCUGGUUGAAAUGUUCUACUUUUGAACACCAUUACCAACAAGCUCUACAAAAAGUUUGAUACCCUAGUGCAGGGGUAGGCAACCUUUUAGCAGCACUGUGCCGAUAUAGGAUUGUGAUGUCCCGUAGCGUGCCGGUCCUAUUUUUUUAAAUUGAGGUGUGUAUGCUGCCGUAUUCUGCUUAUUUUUACUGUAAUUGCUUUGUAUCGUUGUAUUUGUGCGUAUAUGAUCUAUUAUAUUGUAUAUGUUCAUUAGUAGUUUAUGGUAUCGUGUAUGAUACAUAUGAAUGUGGGCUGUGUAUGAGGGCUGCUUGUAGACUUGUGUGUGGAUGGAUUUGUCACAUUGUGUAUUUGGUAGUGUGUGUGUAGGGCUGUUUGGGGUAUUGCAUGUGAGAGGCUGCAUGUGGGGUUGUGUGCAUGUAUGUGGAUUGUUAGUGGUGUUGCGUUUGUGGGGAUUGUGUGUGUGUGUGUGUGUGUGUGUGUGUGGGCUGUUCAUAUUAUUUGUAUGGGGGGUGGGGGGGUUAUUCUGCAGCUCCGUGUAUAUCUAGCAGUGUGGGUGGGUUCCAGUGGGGACCAGGCUGGCCAGGUACAGGUCAGGGACAGAAGCUGCGAUAGCUGUUGAGGGCUGCUCUACUACAAUGUGGAUUCCCAUUCACAAGUGCUGGGAGGAAGUGAUCUGAGAUCACUUCCUCUAUGUGCUGCAAUGCAUAAAUUGAGGAUUGUCCUUCACCACCGUGCAAAGACACCUGGCACUAGUGCCGUAGGUUGCCUACCCCUGCCCUAGUGGUUAACUUACUGCUAAUGCUUGCUUGGAUCUUUGCACUCACAGAAACAUUUUGGAAUAUGCGUGUAAAUAUCUACUAAAAUGAAAAAGUUCUCUUUAUUUUCUUAUCUAUAUUAUUGACUGGCGGUUCAUCAUAGCCGUCAAUAUCUUCUACUAUCUGACAAAGACAGUUCCAAGAUAUAGUAGUAUGAAUGAAUGGAAGAAGUCCUUCCAAUUUAUUACUGUAGGCCCUGGACCAUAUGGAUUUAAGAUAUUACGGUUUUGCUUUUCCUUUUUCUGAGAAUUGCAUUUUCUUACAGUUGCACAAUGCACAGCCUGAUCAAUACGAAUCUCCAGAUAAAGAUUUCAUGAUCGUUGCUUUGGAUUUACUAAGUGGAUUGGCUGAAGGGCUUGGUGGUAACAUAGAACAACUGGUAGCUCGAAGCAAUAUCCUCACGCUAAUGUACCAAUGCAUGCAGGUAAGUAGUACAUAAAAAUCCCUUUUUUAUACCUGGUCAACAUUGUAACUGGUCACAUUUUCUCUAUAACUAUUAGGGGAUUUUAUUUUUGUUUUUCUGUUUAUGCGAAUUCCAAUUGCUUUAUUAAUAUAUUUACAUAUUUCAAAUGUUGACAAAUGAUUACCUUUAACAUUUCCUCAUUGCAUUCUACAUUUCCAAAUCUAUACAAUAAAAUAUAAAUAUUAUAGUUAAAUAGUUUUUGUGCCACUACUAAGAACACAGUUACUGGUCAUUGUACCUUCCUGGCACUCUAGUGUUAAUAGGUCCCCCCUCCCGCCGGGCUGAAGUGGGAGGAAGGGGUUAAAAUCUUACCUUUCUCCAGUGCCGGGGUCUCUUCUCCUCCUUCCGAUGUCGGCUGAAUGCGUAUGCGCGGCAGGAGCUGUGCUCUCAUUCAGUCAGUCCUUAGGAAAGCAUUCUCAAUGCUUUCCUAUGGACGCUGGCAUCUUCUCACUGUGAAAAUCAGUGAGAAGUGCGGAAGUGCCUCUAGCGCCUGUCAAUGAGACAGCCACUACAGGCUGGAUUAACCCUAGUGUUUCUCUGAAACUGCUAUGUUUACAGCAGGCAGGGUUAACCCUAGAUGGACCUCGCACUCAGACUACUUCAUUAAGCUGAAGUGGUCUGGGUGCCUAUAGUGGUCCUUUAAGCUCAUAUUCUCCCUAAUUCAAUGUUCUGAAAAAUGUCCCUUCCAGAGAGAUUGCACAUGUUAGUAUUGGUUAAAGCAGGGGUUCCCAAUUAAUAUUUCCUGUGGAACACAUUGACCUAGUGAACCAACAUCGUGCAACACCCUAACCCUGUAACACUAAACUCUCUGGCAGCAACUUGUAAAAAGCAAAACUGGGCCAUUCUUCAAAAAAUUUUUAAAUUGCUGUAGAAAUCAAGGGCAUGUUGCCACCUUAAUUUUACAUCUCUAUAUAAAAAGAAAGUAACAACGUUUUGUAAAAUCAGCUUCACUUUUAUAGUACAUGAUUGCAAAAACACUCAUUUCCAUGUGCCAUAGAAAUGGAACUUGGUGGAAAGCGUGUGUUUGUAUGGCAUGUGCUGUAUCUGGAAGUUUGGAAAAGAUAGUGGUGAUAAUAGAAUAAUUUUUUUAUUUUUUUUACAUAUGCAAUUUACUAAUUUUCCUUUUUUAUUCCUAGGAUAAAAUGCCAGAGGUACGGCAGAGUUCAUUUGCUUUGUUGGGAGAUCUGACAAAGGCAUGUUUUCAACAUGUCAAAGUAUGCAUAGGUAGGUUUGACAUUUUAUUUUACUGCUUUCUUCGUUAUUAGAAUUAAUUGAAAGUGUGUAUUUAUACUCACAAGCAUUAUAAGAUGCCGUUUAUGACAUUCAGAGUAUUUCUAAUUUGUUUUUUUUUUGUUUUUUUUCUUUGUUUUUUUUUUCUUCGCUAGCUGACUUCAUGCCCAUUUUAGGAACUAAUCUAAAUCCUGAAUUAAUUUCUGUCUGCAACAAUGCCACUUGGGCAAUUGGUGAAAUUUCCAUCCAGAUGGGUAAGUUUUCAAACAUGCAAUAGGUGAGAGGAUCAGGGUGGGUUCAUGUUUUUUUAAUCUAUGCUGGUUAUGCAUUUUUUUCUGAUUUUUAAUAAAGGCCUAAAAGAAGAAAAUUAAAAUGUGUGUGUAAAUUUGAUGCAGCACUCCUUGACUUGGCCAUGUCUUCCUGUAGCAGAGGUGACUGAUUUAAAAAAAAAAAAAAAAAAGCCUCCUGCCCAUACCCACAACUUUGUCCUGGGUGUCAAUCAAUAGGAAUGCCCCACCCCUGCUGUGAAAUGCAUAGUGAUUAAUAUUCCUCUUGAAGUUGGAAGGCAGUAGUGGAGAGAGAAAGGGGGUAAGGGGGAAUAAAAGGAAGAGGAUUGAGUAAAGUUUGGUCUGUGUGUGUCAAAAGCACAAAGUAUACUGCAGUGGGAGAUAAAGUGAAUGUGUGAUCCUGUUGAUUGAUAGCAUUUGCUUUUAUUUUGACUGGGGCAAUGAGUGGGUCAAUAUUGAUUCUUGAAACAGACCUGUUUGCGCUAUAAAUGUACAUUUUUAUGCUUCCAAUUCAAAUGCUAUGUAAAAAAAAUAAACAAGCACUUCAGUAUUGCCAUGUAAAAUGCGAAGGUUAUUUUGAGCAUGUUGAUUUUAUAAGUAUUUAAUGAAGAAUUAUAUAUUUUAUUUUUUAGGAAUUGAUAUGCAGCCUUAUGUUCCAAUGGUGUUACACCAACUUGUAGAGAUCAUUAACAGACCCAACACACCAAAGACUCUCUUAGAGAAUACAGGUACCACUUGUCAGCUGUUUUUAUUGAAAAGGCUUAGAAUUAUUCAGCACUUUCCUUAUACUUUAGGAGCAACCUUUUUACUUCAUAUAGUAUGCUUACACCGCUUAAAGGUUUUCAGAUGUUUCUAUAUGGGGAUAGAAUAACAAAAUCUCAUUUUCAAAAGUUUUACUACCUGGUCAGUCAGCAUUAUUUUUAUUUGUACUUUUUAUGGUUUAGUUUGAUUUCAGGUUUGUGUGGUGUUGUGGCUAAAAACUGUUAAGCAAUUCAGAAAUGAUACAAAUAAUUUACAUCCAAACCAAUAAUAAACAAAUGCCCAUUUACACAGCCCCCGUAGGUAUAGAUUUUUACCCAGCAAUUGGCUGUUUGCUUAGAAUACUUCAGGAAUGCCUGGGAGAGCAAACACUAGGAUAUGUUACUGCUAGAGCACAACCUUUCCUGUUAUCUCCAGUCUGGUUCCAACAUGUUGAAACUUCUAGAUUGAAUGCAUUUUAAUGAUAUGCUUUUUUAUGCUACGUAUAUAAUUAAUAUAUAAGAAUAUAAAAAAAAAAUAUAUAUAUAUAUAUAUAUAUAUAUAUAAACUAUUAUUAAAGAAAAGUAGUUUUUAGUGGUAAAAUGUGUUGGUGACAGUACUGUUUUUUUUAUGAAUUUUUGUAUAUUUUGUGUUGCACUAUGCCAGCAGUUCACUAUCACAGCAAUGCUUUCAUAGGCAUAAUGAUUCAAAUUAACCUUCCAACUGAAACAGCGUGUUUGAUAAUUCUAGAUUAUAUUUCUAAUGAGCAUUGUUGUAAGGCUUAUCGUGAAUUGCAGGUUCGAAUUGCUGAAAGGUGUAUAUUUCAAAUGCCUGCAGUACAAAUAUUGUUCCCUUUGGGAAAAAUAAAUGUAAAGUAGUACAAAUUCACAAACUGUACCAGUAAAUACUUCAAUCAUCUAUACUUUAUUAAACUCAUCCCCAGGGGCUUUGUUGGUUACUACAACUGAACAUAAACAUUGUUUGACUUUUGGAAAUAGGUGUAUAAUGUAAAGUAUAAUUAUUUAAAUUGUCACUUUUUGGGCAAAAAACUGCAUUUGUACUUACAAUUGUAAAGUUUGAAAACACACAAAUUUACAGGCGCACCCAUAAAUUGUUAUUGUAUCUUUGUUUUUUCUUUGAGUAGUUUGUAUAAUUUUUUUUUUUCUCCUAAAUGUUAAAUGUGAUGUACUUUUUGUCUAAAAGUUUACUGUGGGAACACUUUUAUUUUUGGGGGCGCUUUAGAAAAGAUGCUAAAGCCUACUCUAUGUGGUUUAGCAUGCUUGGGAACGGAUCCGUUUUGUGCAUUUUAUUUCAAAAUAAACCUUAAACCACAAACGCCUUAAUGCUUAAAUAGAUCUUAAGGGGGCACUUAAUGCAUCCUGACCAUUCAUCUCAAUGUAGUGGUCUGGGUGUAGUGCCUCUGUCUUUUAAAGCCUGCAAUGUUUACAAUGCUGCUCCUAUUGCAGCAUGUGGUUGAUGUAGGACGGAGUAUUGCUCACUUUUCAAACCCUCACAUUCUUUUGCACAUGGAAAUAUACAUUUUUGAUGUUGAAAAAUUGGGAUAAGUACAAAUAAGGCAGAUGUAAUGUCAUGGAGCCAGACGGUUGUGCAUUUAGGGGGGCUUACUGCUCAUACCUAGUAAUCACUGUGCUGCACCAAUUAGCAUCUCCUCAUCGAGAUACACUAUAUCACGGCAUCUCUAUGGCAAACUUUUAGCAUCUUAAUGCAGGGCGUGUGGGUGCCAUUCAUCAGUCACUCUAAGUGCUCUUAGGGACAAAUGUAAACAUUGACCUUUCACAGAAAAGUAGGGAUUUAAAUUUGUCAGACUGCAGAGGCCGUGUCACUACACCAAAACCACUACACUUAAGGAGCACUCCACUGCCCAAAUAAAAAUAUACAUAACACCAUUUACUAGAUAUACCUGCAAUGAAAACAUGCAUUUAAUUAUGCUUGUUUUCAUUGGGGUUAUAUCUAAAGACCGUUUGCAAAACCUGCAGAUCUCUUGUCUGAAGCCUUUGCAAACCCCCUCCAUUUCUAACGCUGUCCAGACAUCCUGUGGCUGUCCAAUCACAGACUUCCCAGUGCAGCGCAAUGAGAAGUAUUUGCAAAGCAAUUGCUAUCUCUUUAGUUUUACUGAGCUAAACAGACCAGUAAGUAACAUGAUCUGUUGUGUGCUUGAAAGCCGUGAGGGUAUAAUCAGGUUAGAAAAGUGUUCAUUGCUAUUGAUACCUGCAUUUUUUUGUAAAAUGAGAAAAAGAGCUCACGCUCUUCACACACAAUUUAUUUUGGAAAGCUAGAGUGCUUUAGAGAUUUGGUGUGUCCCUUCAAGCUGUAAUGGUUCUAGUGCUUAGUGUCCCUUUAAUGCAUAGCAGUCAGCCAUGGACAGCUGAUUUCACUCUAUUGAUCAAAUAAAAGCAGAGGGACCGAGGAAGAUAGCCAUCUGUGGAUGGACAAUGGUUCAUUUAAAUACUAAAUACAGAUUAAUGAACAGCACACACAAAAAUGCAGUUUUAAAUUUUACAAGGCUACAUAAAAUCACCUAUCUUGGCAAACAAAUAUGAAGAUUCAGUUCCACCAAAUGACCAUAUCGUGUUAAUCCCCGUAUUACCGCAAUAUAGGUGGGUCCUACACUAAUUUUAAUAUGUAAGAUAAGCAUGAUAACUGCUUCUAUUGACUCUACUCAAAUAUAUGCUUUCAUGUGGUCACCUCCAAAGGGACACCUAUUAUGGAGUGGGGUGCUCAGCCAAAAAGGAUUCUGGUCUGAAUUUCAUAACAUACUAGUCAGCUUUUUAUGCUGAAAAGCGAUUAAAUCAUAAGUACUUACUAAAGGGACCUGUAGUCCUAAUACCUUCACUUUUGCCUGGCAGCAUGGACUAUAGUAUCCAGGAUCAUGUAUACACCAAACAAAGCUAAUCUACACUCUUUCCAAAGCUCCCAAUGGUCUUUUAAAUAAGCGCUCUUUAGUAAUACUUUGUCCAUGAUGUGUAAACUCCUCUAUCACACUCACGGCCAAACCUCAUACGUGACUAGACUUGUGCACAAAUCCCUUUUAGCUAUGCUUAACAAAUCAAAUCCUACUCAAUCUAUCAAUGAGAAAAUUGAUUCAUUUAUCCAUAGAUUGACAGGCAUUUGAUUUCUGCACAAGUUUACUGUUCAUUUACAUUGGCAGAUGAAGAUACACUUUGUGGCUUUACAGUGGUACUAAAACAAAUUUAGGUGCAAUUUUUUUAAUGUAGUGGGAGAAAUACAGAAAUGGUGUCAAAUCUGUGUCCUGUCUAUGCUCAUUGUGUGUAUACAUGACGUUUUUGGCACAUUGCAAAAACAGUAAUUCAGAACCACUGUGUAUAAAUUGUAUGCAUCGUUACCCUUUAUCAAGAGGUUAGGUGUAUAACAGGUCAAAUAAAAUGCAUUGUAAGAUCUAUCCAUAUUGACUUGAAUCGGUUUCUUAACUUUAACAGUCCAUUCAUUCUACUGUCCCACAUUGAACUUUUAAACUUAAAGAGCAUCAUUUGCUUAAUUGCAUGUUUUCAUCAGAUCACAAGUGCCUGUUUAAUGAGAAUGUUGCAUAGUUUGUGUCUCCUGAACAUAGGUUUUCUUUUUUUCUGCUUUUGUACAAAUCUGCUGGGUUUUAGUAUGUGUUGUUUGCUGAAAGAAGUUUUUUUAAACUCUUCUUCCCAUCUUUUCUUUCCCGUAACCUCUUAUCCUUCCUAUUUCUUAAAUCUGAAAUUUUAAACCUUCAGUUGUUAAUGAGAGAACAUGACUAAAACAUUAAUAAUGAACUUUCUAUAAUUCUGCCUUUGUGUUUAAAUGGCAAAUUUAAAUUUUAGUAAGGAGUCAACCUAUUUUUAACCAUUUAUUUAAUAUAGAUUGAGAUAAAUCUCAAGAAAACAUACACCGCUUCACCCUGCUUUAAUAUAAUUGUUGAAUAUUUGCACAUUUUUUAAUUAUUUAUUUUUAAAUGAGGAAUAUAGUGUUUUCCUGUCAAAUGCAUUUUGUGGAGCAUUGGAUGUGUUCAGCAUUGUCAGGCUGGUGCAUGGUAACACCAAACAUAAAGUUUUAAAGGCUUGAAAAUGGAAGGUCUUGGGGAAGCGCUUGUAGUGGCAUGUUCUCAGCCAAUGUUAACAUUUUUGUACUAAGAUUAUCAGUUCACCAAGCAGUUGUAUGAAUGCAAUAAAGUCUGAAUAGUUGACUGGAAUUGCGCUUCUUCUAUCCAGUGCAGUUUGGUUGUGCACAUGGCUUUAUAUUGCAAAAAUGGUGAUGGGAGUCGCACUCAAUCCCAGCAGCCACCCGUUGCUUCGGAGUAGGACCAGCAAUCCCACAACAACAAAGCGGCACAAGAAAUUCUCCAGACACUCAAGGUGUUAAAGCCGCAGGCAGUUUUAAUAGAACAAAAGGAUCAGCAACGUUUCGACCUGCUAAGAAGUCUCUAUCGAGCUUGACAUGUUGUUGCUCCUUUUGUUCUAUUACAAGUGCCUGCGGCUUUAACACCUUGGUUGCCUGGCUUUAGACUGACAAGUCACUGGGUUAUUUACUGAUGUGAGAAUGGAAAGCCAAAUGUAGCUGAGCUGGUAAUAUUAAAGAUGUUUUCAUCUUCAGCUAUUUUGGCCUUGGGUUUGAAAUUAACUUUAAAUUCCUGACAAUUCUCACUUUUGUUCAAGAAACGCUAUAGCGUUAGGAAUGCAAACAUGUAAUUCUAACACUGUAGUGUCCUUGCCUCCAUCCCCCCUUUAACCUGUAAUCAAAAAAUUGUUUGCUUUCCUUUUCCAGCAUCCACUCCUCUGUUUGCACCAUCGUCCUUGAUGAUGAAUCAGUACAGUACUUCUCAUAAAUGAGCUUUGGGAAUGAGAUGCACGUCAGUCCAAUCAAACGUUUCUUGUAGUAAAGCAUUGAAUAAAAUGUUUUUUACAAUGCUUUUGUUGUUGACAGUGUAACUCGUUUGAUGCAGUGUAAACGCCUCUAGGGACUGGCAGCAAGAUGGCCACUAGAAGUAUGCUUAACCCUUUAAACAAGAUAUUGCAUCUAUUAAAAGCCAAUGUUGUAAAUCGAAGGGCUAAAACUAAAGGGUCAACGCACCCAGACCACUCCAUUGAGGCAAAGUGGUCUGGGUUCCUAUAGUGGUCCUUUAAUAACACUUUAUUUAGUGACCCACUCUUCAGCACCAUAUGAAAGGGGAUUGUCACUUACCAGGAUUUUUUAUAUUCCUCAUUCUUAUAUUUAUCAUAUAUGUAUUUGUGAUGGGCUCUGUCCUUUGCAUUUCACAGUUAGCAUUGAGAAAACUCAGAAAACUGGAGAAACAAAACAAUGUAUCAAUUUCUCCUCUUUAUUUGCAAUAUUGUCCCUAGCCUGAUCUGAACCCUAUUGUGGUGUAAUUUGCUUAAUCUUGAACAUACAUUUAAAAGAGAAUUGAGAAUCUCAUGAAUAAAAAGGUUAACACUAAUUUACAUGUGAUUUUCAAUGUUUUAUUCAUUGUUGUAAAUUUCAGAAAUUGGUUUCCGUAUAAGUGUUAAAACUAGUCUGUUGAACGCACAUACUGAUCCGGUGGCAUUUUAGUGCUUACGUUGGUAGUGAUGAAUGCCUUAUUGGUUCAUGCUUCCUUGUCUACGUAAAAUGCUCAUGCCAUAGAAUAGCAGACUGAUGCACAGUGAUUUAAUAAUUCAAAGCCAUACUGAGUAUUGCAAGCCUUGUUUUCAAAGCAACUAUUUAAAUGUAUUUAUUACAAUGUUCACUUAAAUGCCAUAUAUUCUAUACAAAUACCUUGUUGAAGCAAUUCUCCAUUACAACACUGCCUGUUCUGUUAGAGACACAUUUGUGUAAACAUUGGCAUUAUGUGGUUGUUUCUAAUUGCUUUUGUUCAGUUUUCCAGGUGCAAAUGUGUUUAAAAUAACUACCACAUAGUACAAAAUGUAUUUAUGGUUAAGACUUGGUUAGCAGGUUAGUCUAAACUAUGCCAUAAUAGUUGAGAUUCUGUAUUUUCAAGCACUUUUCAAUCAAGAAACAGAAUACAUUAUAAUCGGAACUAGUUUGGUACAAUGCAGUGUUGUUCAAUCAAAACAUUUUACAUACUAAAGUAAUUGGAUGGUCUCAUUCCAAUUUUUUAGUUAUAUGUUGAAUGUCAAUUAGCCACAAGUAAGUUGAUUGUGACAAUUUGUUGCACAGCUUCUGAGUAGGUUACUGCUUAAGCUUAAAGGGGCACUAUAGUCACCAUAACAACUGUAGCUUAAUGAAUCCGUUUUUGUGUAUAGAGCAUGCCUCUUAGGUUUCACUGCUCGAUUCACCGCCAUUUAGGUGUUCAAUCUCUUUUGUUUUUGUUUAUGCAGCUCUAGCCACACCUCCCCUGGUUGUGACUCACACAGCCUGGAUGAAAACAAAAUGGUUUCAUUUUCAAUCAGGUAUAACUUACUUUAAAAGUUUCUAUCUCCUGCUCUAUAAAUUGAACUGUAAUUACAUACAGGAGGCUCCUGCAGGGUCUAGCAAGCAAUUAAAAGAGCAAGAGAUAAGAAAUUCAUAAUUAAACAUACUUUACAAUAAAGUAAGUGUAAACAUUAGCUGACUCUUUACAGGACGUGUUUAGGAAGGCUGUGUAAGUGACAUGCAGGGAGGUGUGACUAGCGCUGUGUAAACAAAGUGAUCUAACUCCUAAAUGGCAGAGAAUUGAGCAAUGAGACUGCAGGGACAUGAUCUAUACACCAAAAAUGCUUCAUUAAAGGACCACUCUAGGCACCCAGACCACUUCAGCUUAAUGAAGUGGUCUGGGUGCCAGGUCCAGCUAGGAUUAAUCCAUUCUUUUUAAAACAGGAUUAAACAUUCUUUUAUAAACAUAGCAGUUUCAGAGAAACUGCUAUGUUUAUCAAUGGGUUAAGCCUUCCCCCAAAGCCUCUAGUGGCUGUCUCAUUUAGAGGCGCUUGCGUGCUUCUCACUGUGAAAAUCACAGUGAGAGCACGCAAGCGUCCAUAGGAAAGCAUUGAUAAUGCUUUCCUAUGCGACCGGCUGAAUGCGUGCGCAGCCAGCCGCAUGGGAGGAGAAGAGGAGGAUCGGAGGAGGAGAGCUCCCCGCCCAACGCUGGAAAAAGGUAUGUUUAUACCCCUUUCCCCCUUCCAGAGCCGGGUGGGAGGGGGCCCCUGAGGGUGGGGGCACCCUCAGGGCACUAUAGUGCCAGGAAAACGAGUAUGUUUUCCUGGCACUAUAGUGGUCCUUUAAGCUGAAUUUGUUUUGGUGACUAUAGUGUCCCUUUAAUGUUUUUAAGCAGUUUUUAUAUAGAUUUCUUGUUGCAUGGUUUCCCAGGCUUUUAAUAUUUGGUUGGCUCAUAAGUGUCUGGCUCCAUCAACGUCAAAGCGAUAUUCAGCACUUUAAUUCUGUGCAUGUAUCGCAGAAUUGCUUAGUGGUGUACUUUAAAGAAACAGGCAAAAACUAUAUAUAAAAAAUAAAGACAAUCUAUAUUUUGCUAGUUUUAUCUAAAUACUGUAAAAUAAAAAAAAAUCACUGCGACCUAAAACAUUUCAGCCUCUUUUAUUGUUACAUUGUAAUUGAAAUCAUAGCAUUCCCCGGAUUAAUAAUAAUAAAAAAAUUAAAUCUAACAAUGGUAAAUAUAAAAUUUCCAUUCUGUUUCUUAGAAGAACGAUCACAUCCAGUGACACAAAUAAGGAAAUACAUGGGUCAUGAAUGAUCAUUAUUUUAAAAAAGUAAUUUAAUCUAUACAUUGUACUAGUUAAAAUUCUUGCAAUGGUGCAGGGAAAUGGUUUGUUUGAAACGUGUUUUUCAGACUUAAUAUACAAACUAGGGCAUUUCAGACUUUGCCAUAAUCAUUUGUGGAUAAGAUAUCGAUCCAUAAAGUGCAAAGUACUGUUAUGUCUACAUAAUAAACUUACAUUAAUGUGCAUUGAGUCUCAGCUUUAGCUGAUAUUUUUGGCAUUUGCCUUUUGUAAUAUAAAAGUAUCAUAAAACAAUCCCUAAUAAAGAGGCAUGCCGUAAAUGGAAUAGUCACUAUAGGAACAACUUGUGAGUCAGCAAAUAAUCGUUUUGUGGGGAAUUGUAUUUUUAAUCAAAUACAUGUUACAUGUAGUGCAGUUCAACACGGCUUGAUAUAAUUAUCAAUGUGAUUCUUUUAUUUAUUUAUAUAUAUAUAAUUUUAUAUUAAUGGAAAAAUAAAUCUCUGACCAACUUAGAAACAGUUUUAGAUGUUCUCUCAUUCUCUUUUCCUUCCUUCCUUUCCCUCCAUUACACUACCACCCCUCCUACCCCCACUCCCUUCCUUUCUUGAGAGUUAUGCCAUUUGUCACUACCCUUUGCCAAGGGAGUGGUCAUAAACAACACUAGUAAAAUCUUAUGUUUAUUAUCAUACACAGAUUCUGUUUUCUGUUUCUGAGUUAUUUGUUGUUUUUUUUCUUUAUUUUUUCUCCUCCCCCCUCAUUUGCUCAUGUCUUGGUUGGCGUUUGGUGGUGUAUAACCGUGAUUGCGUUGCCUUAGCAAUAACAAUUGGUCGUCUUGGUUACGUUUGUCCUCAAGAGGUGGCCCCCAUGCUACAGCAGUUUAUAAGACCCUGGUGUGUAUUAUUCAAUCUUUUUUUAAUUCAUUUUUUUCGUCACGCUUUCUUUCUCUUCACAUUUUACAAUUAUUUUUAUUCAUAUUAUUUUUUUUUACUUCAGUUAUAAUCCUGAGUCAUUGUCAACCAUGUGACUAAUCUUGUCCUAUCGGUUUUUGUCAGUUUUUACAGUAGCAUUGUCAUGUACAUUUUAUGGUAGUUUUUCUGUUCUGGCUAACUAAUUGCUGCAUGGGAUAAGAUUGUCACAUGCUUGCCGCGUUAAAAGCUUGUCUAUAAAGCAGCAUCAUUGUCAGUGUUUACCAAACAUCUGUCUAGUGAUGCAUGCACAUACUGUUUACCUCACAGGUCAAUGUAAUAUGUCAGAAAGCAUAAUGAUUACAUUGGCUGCAGUAUUCUGUAUACAACAUUUUUGCUCUCAGCCAAUUCCAUGUUUAAUAUUGUGAAAGUCAAUACAUUUUGCAAGGUUGUAAGUAAUUAAUGCAUUACAGUACUGAAUUGAACAGUCUGUCUUAUGUCCAAUGGCUACAAUAUAUAUGUUCUUAGACGCUUUGCAGUAUUUGAAUUCCACUUUAGUUUUAACUUGUGCAAAGCAUGCACAAAGAAAAAUGUUGGAAAAUAUGAUAUUUCACUGUAAUUUAAAGCAAUUUGUAUCAUGGUUCCUUAUUGAAAAAUGUAAAGCCAAAACAGAAUAACGUACUUGUAUAAUGAGUUACAUUUGCAAUUUCAAUAGGUGCACCUCAUUGCGCAACAUUCGAGACAAUGAGGAAAAGGACUCUGCAUUCCGUGGAAUUUGUACUAUGAUCAGUGUUAACCCUGGUGGAGUAGUUCAGGUAAGAAGGAUUUACCAAUACCAUUUAAACAGCAGCAAAAGAUGAGGAAUUAUUGUGUAGGCUGCACCUGUAACUUAGGGAAAACUUAGGAAAGCUGUGUCAUGAUGGUUUGCAGGGGCUUCAUUCUCUUGCUGUCGCAUACUGCUUAAUAGUUUAUGAUCAAUACAAGGAAUGCAAGAUGGGGGGUUAAGACCUUAAAUUCAGGUUUUAUGGCAAAUCCAAUCUUUAAAAAUGUUCUAAGAUGGUCCAAUUGCUUGACAAAAAAAUGUCGUGUUCAAAGUGUCUGCUACAAUUGUCACGCAUUUGCAGUUCUGCUUCCCUCUCCUCUCGUGCCAUCAAGGAGGCAUGAUCCUCCAGAUUUGGUUAAAUUCAAUUUACACACUUCAAAUUUCCCCAUAGGGGUCUGCUGUUACAUGACAGAGUUUUACUCUACUGCAGCAGAAAGUGCUUCCAGUGGCGGGCUUUAUGACAGCCACUGGAGGUGUGUAUAACCCUCAAAUUUAUACAUCGGUUUUGGGGGGGGGGCAAGGGAAGAUAUUGCAAAUAUUCACCACAUUUGUUAACAUGCAUUAGCACAGAAACACCACUAACUUACAAAUUCUAUUCUACUUUGAGUAAUACAAAAUACUAAUUGGAACUUCUGAUUUGAACCACUCCCUGCACAAUCUAAUUAUAACUUUAAUACUGCGUAAUGAAAACUGUGAAUUGAACGGUAACCUCAAGCUUAAAAAAUACCAAAUAUGUUCACAAAUUGUGCCAUAGUUGAAUAAAUGUAGAGGUAUAGAGUAGUGUCGGUUACCAAGCAAAAGCACCUGCUGUUAAAGGAUUGCUUGUUUAAAAAAUAAUGUAUUCCUAUUACACUCUAUUGACCCUCUGUUUUUAAUUAAAUAGCAGUGUGUUAAGAUUAGAAUCUGGUUUUAGGAGACAUGGCACUUGCGUUUACAUCGCCUGUACAAACUGCUGUUGGCUCACUGACUUCUCUACAAACAAUCCAAUGUACAACAGAUAUAUUUAAACCAAGCCGAUAAAUUCAGAGUACAAGCUGAAUGAAAAAGUGCAUUUAUUUACUCUCCAGUUCAUCUUGCUUUUUCAAAAUUUACCAAAUCCUUUUUCAUUUUCAGGAUUUUAUAUUUUUCUGUGAUGCUGUUGCAUCAUGGGUUAAUCCAAAAGAAGAUCUUCGAGACAUGUUCUGUAAGGUAAUGCAAAUUUGUAUAAUAUGAUGGGAGUUUGAUUGAGUGAUACUUUACCACUUUGACACUGUAUUAAAUAUCUCAAAACAGGUUUGGGGCUGGGGGGUUGGGUUGCGUUUAUUUUUUAAGCUAGUCUGGAAAUUCAUGAUACCAUUGUAGUUUGAUGUAAAAUGUGUUGCUUACCUUCCUGCAAAUCAGUUGGACCACUUUCUACCAUUUAGUUAAACAUGAAGAUUUACAGAUUAACUGUGGUAAAGUCACGGCCAGUCUUCACACACCAUACAUUUAUAAAUCACAUUUCCCAUGGCACAUGCCAGUAAAGAACUAAAGCAAGGGUAGGCAACCUAAGGCACUCGAGGUGCCUUUGCACGGCACUCGAGGCUGCUAGAGCCAAACAGGCUCUGGUCUAUCAGGAGUCCAAGUAAAACUUCAGAUAUCUGCUAAUACGAAGAGGUGGUGAAGGACAAUCCUCAAUUUAUGCAUUGCAGCACGUAGAGGAAGUGAUCUCAGAGCACUUCAUUCCAGCACUUGUGAAUAGGAAUCCACACAGUAGUAGAGCAGCUCGCAGUUGUUGUUGCAGCUCCGGUCCUUGACCUGUACCUGGCCAACAUGGUCCCCACUGGAACCCAGGGAAGCCACCCACACUGCUAGACAUACACAGAAAUGCAGAAAGACCCUCCCCUCAUACAAAUAAUACGGACAGCCCACACACAAACAUACACACAAUCCGCACAAACUUACACACAAUCCGCACAAACAUACACACAAUCCGCACAAACAUACACACAAUCCGCACAAACAUACACACAAUCCGCACAAACAUACACACAAUCCGCACAAACGCAACACCACUAACAAUCCACAUACAUGCACACAACCCCACAUGCAGCCUCUCACAUGCAAUACCCGAACAGCCCCCACACAUACACACACUACUAAACACACAAUGUGACAUAUCCAUCCACACACACAAUUCCACAAGCUGCCCCCAUACACAGCCCACAUUCAUAUGUAUCAUACACGAUACCACAAACUACUCAUGAACAUAUACAAUAUAAUAGCUUAUAUACGCACAAAUACAACGAUACAAAGCAAUUACAGUAUAAAUAACACAAGCAGAAUACGGCAGCAUACACACCUCAAUUUAAAAAAAAAAAAAUAUAUAUAUAUAUAUAUAUAUAUUGGACCGUCACGCUACGGGACAUCACAAUCCUACAUCGGCACAGUGCUGCUAAAAGGUUGCCUACCCCUGAACUAGAGGAUCAUUUGACUUUCUAUAUUAUUUAUAUUUACAACAGCCAUCACUACAGUAGAGAAUAUUGUUCUUGGUUUGCUUUUAAUCUCAUUCCUGUAUUGUGCAGCAAGUCUCCAAGUUCAGGAAUGUAUUAAUAUUUUUUAUUUAUUUAUAUAUUUUUUAGAAAGAUGUGACAUUGCUGUAUAAAACCAUAACAUUAGAAUUAGUUAUAAUGGUAGCACUGUUUUACAUAAAAUGUGAGCGUGAUGCAUUUAUAACCUGCAAUUGCACAAGAGUAUGGAGACAAGCAAAUGUCUGGAAUGGACCUGGCAUUGCAGGAACACUUUAUUUUAUAGAAAUUGAAAGGAGCCUUGCAAGCCCAACAUGAUUACAUUUUGAAUUUGCCCCUAUAGAUUCUUCACGGAUUUAAAAAUCAAGUAGGGGAUGAAAACUGGAGGCGUUUCUCAGACCAGUUUCCUCUUCCCUUGAAAGAACGUCUUGCAGCUUACUACGGAGUUUAACCUAGUUGCUAUCUAGCUGCAGUCUCAUCAUUAGGGGUAAGUUAUAAAACAUUGAAUUCUGUUUCAAGAUAACUUUACUCAAAAUUCAAAUUUAUAAUUUUUUGCUAAAGUGUGAAUUUGAUGGAAUUCUUCUGCUGUUGAAUGACUGGGCAGCCAUAGUGAUAGCCACAGCCAAAUAGUGAAAUCUGAGGAUUUUGAAACACCUUUCCAGUUAAGAUGAUGUGUUUUCUCUUACCAAGGAGAGAGUAUUAUUGUUAAUAUGUUGGCUGUAAACUUUUGUAAACUUUCAAUAUUUGAGGUGAAUGGAGUCUUCCUGGGUACACCUAUUAAACUUUAUUUAUAUUGUACAGACGUUGUAUAGAUCUAUUACUCCUAAUGACUUAUCGCAAUAAAAAUGUUUUCUAGAUUUAAGCACUUGUGUUAGUUCAUGCCAAUCAAAUGAUGGUGAUUAAUUUAAACAGUGACUAAGAAAGGUUUUAAUUGAUCGUUGUUUGGAAAUAGUCUCUAUUGUCUGUCUGUAAAACCUUGCUAGAUGUACCAUGAUUGUGGACUUGAAACUGUUAUGUUAAAUUAAAGUACACUUAUCUUUUAUUUUUAAUCUCCUAUUUUGUUUGUGAGGGAUUUAUUGUUCACACACAGUUUGGAAUUACUGUAUUUGCAUAUCCAGUCCUUGCUUUAAUGCAGCUACUGACACCAUUCUUAAAGGGAAACUAUAGAGUCAGGUAAACAAAGUUGUUUUGUUUUCCUGGCACUAUAGCUCCCUAAAAUUGCCACCAUUCCCUCUUUCCCUAAAAAGGUAGUUUUUACAAUUGAAAGACUACAGGGACAGUUUAGGCACCAGAACUAGUAUAGCUUAAUAUAGUGGUUUUGGUGUAGUGUUCCUUUAAUUCAUUUAAGUAAGUCUGUUCGUAGCAGUGUUGAUCAGCGUAGUUAUGUCGCAUGUCCUGAAACUACGGAGACUGCUGAAAUUGAUAAAAAAAAUAAAAUGUAUAUUCAAAUUAAUAUUCUAAUUUUUUAGUGUUCAAAGUGUACAGCUGUAAGGUGAAGGCGUGACACACAUAACAUCUUUUUAUUUAUUUUAUUUUUUUAGGUCCUUCAGUCUGGGAGACAGCGGGGGAGCCUCUGCACCCAGGGAAAAUGCUACCCUAAUACAGGGGGGAAGGGCAAACCAGUAGGAAACCGUACAAUCCCAAAGCCUACUGGGAGGGGCGGGAGGGAGGUGUUGCCGUCACUGUAUUAAGUCGAUGUUGGGAAACGUUUAAAUGUCUGGAGCCUUGGUGGGUGGAAAUAUGUCUCCUUUACGAUUCUGCACUGGAUGUGAAGAAGCAAACAAAGAAUAUAAUCUCCAAACAGCACAUUCUGGUAUAUGGGGAAUUGUAUCAAAAUGAGAACCUUAUAACGGGACUCUAGUGGGUUAAGUAAGGAAAAAUAAUUUUUUGCACACGUUAAAGAAAAUCUUAUGGGGAUUAUAGCAGUAAAAGGCAUUUAUUUUAAAGCAAAAGGGUUGCCUAAAUGUGUCUCACUCUAAUUGGGAGUUAUUGGUGUUUGCAUGUUAAUGAAGACAUACACAAAUGAAGUCAAUGCAGAGUUUAAAAAAAAAAAAAAGUGCAGCUUGCUAUGCGUAUUACAAGCAGGUACUUACAGUCUACAGCUCAGAUGCCUGUCUGGUGAAUAAAGAUCUACUGCAUAACGUGACGCCCACCAGAAUGCCAAAUUUAGUGUUUUUGUUUUUUGUUUUUAUUUAUUUAUUUUUGUUGACGGGAAGGAACACAAGGAAAGAAUAAAUCCUUAGUUUUUAGUUUACAAUAACUCAUUAAUACAGUAAUUAUUUUUUUUAUAAGUCCUCUGUAAUUAGCGAUACAUUAAAGUCUCUGGCAUUUUUGAUACCUUCAGUGCUUGGAUACCAUAGCAUUGCCAUGCAAUGUUGAUUUGGUUUCUCCUGAAGCUUGAAGGGAUUUGCAGUCCAAGGUUGUCACAGUGAUAAUAAAACCUAAUUUAGAGGGUGGGUAGCUUGCUUGCAUCACGUGGUAAGAUAGGCAAACAUUGACCUGUAUGAGACUCCCCCUCCACCCCCCUCUUUUUUUUUUUUUUUCCUCAUGUUGCAGUUUACCAAUUCAAUGUAGCCUUGCAUUUGAGAUGUUUUUAAGUUUCUUAGAAUUGUAUUUUUAAGAAACUCUCUAGCUAUACAGUGCUUCAAACUACAGUUAAAACGUAACCCUUUUCCUUUUGCCAGAAGUGGAGGGCUUGCUGAGCCCUUGGCAAACAAUUCUGGCUGCUAAACAGGUUAGGUAAAGUAUCUCUAGCUUCUGUUAAGAAGAAAACAAAAAAAUCUAAUCAAUUAUUGUAUUGUAACAUAAUGUGGAAAGCUUAUCUACCUAUACAAACCCCUUUGCCUCUGUGCUGUCAGUGUGAUGUGCUUUCUGCAUGGUUAAAUACUAGUGAUUUUAUGAUAACUCAGAAUUACAAGGCAUAAGAACAAUUUAAAAGAAUGCAUAAAUAAAUGUUGGCGCAAAUUGGAAAUGGUAAAGGUUGGAGGUAACUAAGAAGUUGCAAUCUAGUUGUAGAACUGCAACUCCCUUGGUGUCAAAGGCUGGCAAAGCAUCAUGGGAGUUGUAGUUCUUAAACUACUGAUUGGUAAACUCUGAUAGUAAUUAAGGUAAUUAUUAUAAUUCAGUGUUUAUUUCCACUUCAACAUAGUACAUUCAUUUUUUUUUUUUUUUUUUUUGUUUUCCCCUUCAAAGCAUGAUCAUUAAACCAAUAAGUUGACAGAUGUGUCGCAGGGUAUAUGCACUGUAUUGGCGCAUGUUGGUGGCCCUUUGUACCCUGAAUACACAUUGGGGUUAAUGUUUAAAAGCUAUAGAAUGAUUGCAUUUUUUUUUUCUUUUAAUUUAUUUUCAAUUUUGUUUUUCAACCCCCUCCCCCAACCGUUUUUUUUUUUUUUUCUAUUUCAUUUGUUCAGCUAUUUCUGUUGCUUUCUCCACCUGUAAUCCUGUGAAUAAACCCUUGUUAAUUUAACCUUUUACUUUUCUUUCCAUGUGUAUUUUCUUAUGUACUGUGAAUGUGAAACUUUAACUGCUGGCACAUUAAAUAAUGUGUCCUCAUAAAAGUGCAAGUCUUUAUUAAUUCAUAUAGCCUCAAAGGUAUCCCAUGAUGAUAAAGAAACCAAACCUCUGCAGGUCAGAGCACCAACCCCCGCUUUAAGUUUCAUUAAGCGGAGUUUAAAUGUGUUAAUAGAAAAAAAGCCAUACCAUUUUAUUUUUAAUAUAUAUAUAUAUAAUUUUUUUUCUGUAUUAGUGCUUUCAGAGUCAAACAUUUGUAAUCAAUUUUGUAAAAUAAAAGUUGCCCAAUUUGCAUGGUUUUAUUCCUCUUUUGAAAUGAGCAAGAGCCAUUGCACUUUAUACUGAAUUAUGACAUGAAAAAUGCUCCAUUCAGAUACUGGGUAACUAGAUGACUUUAGUAUGAAUGUCUUUACAGAGAAGUUGAAUUGUGAUCCUUUUUAUAUUUCUAAAUUUACCUGUACAUCAUCCUCACCAAUUACAAGUUGGAUGAUUAAAUAGUUGCCAAUUUUAAGCAGAAUAUGUGAAGAAACAUUUGAGGCUGCAGAAAUGUUGUACAGGAGUAAAAUGAUAAUGAACAGUGACAAUAAAGUUUGAAAAUUGUAUAGAUGGUUGCAACCCAGUCCUCUAGGCACACCAAUGAUAUAUAUUUUGGUAGUUUCCAAUUCUUUCCUGUGGAAAUACAGGCAAAUACCUGGACUGUUGGUUUACUUUGACGACUGGAUUGGGAACUAUUUGUUUAGGUCAUUCCAGGGGUAGGAACUGCAGAUGUUGUGGACUUAAUUUCCCCUGAUGCUUUGCCAGAACAUCUGGAGUGCUGAAAGUAAUCUACUCCAGGGUUAUUCUAGAACAGCCAGUAAAGUGAAGUAUCAUGGGAGAUGUAGUUCUAGGACAACACAUAGACUACUUGUUGGCUACUGCUGCCCUAGAUUGUCUAAUUUUACGCUCGAGAGCCAAAGCCAGAUGUAAAAGAUUAGCUAUGUGAUAGCUCUUUCUUGUAGAAACUAGGCAACAGUUUACAUUCCGAUGCUCAUUUACUAAAUUGGGGCUUGCGUUAAAAUCACGUUAUGAUCUUUAAAAGGUUUUUUUUUUUUUAACAACGGUUGCACUCAGGUAUUAAUGAUCUGAUAAAGUGAAUAUUGGCUUUUGAUCUAUAAUUUCAUUUUUUGUGAAGCUGGGAACUUUGCCUGACUGCUAAAUUCUGCAAAAAAAAUUUUUUCCCUCUUACAUAAUUUGAAAGCAAAGUGACUGUAGUGCUUUGUUCAUUGGUAAAAGUUCUGCUUGUUAUAGGAAGGUGCUUAAUUUUUCUGCAGGGAUUUGAGACAAGAACUUCUUGACAAAAAAAAAAAUACCAUAAUUGGUAUUUAAAAUAAAUCAGUUCAACCGAAAAAAACUGUGCUUCUUUAGAGUAGUUAGUUGAAUUUGUAAACCAGUAUUGCGCUGAAUAGAAGCAAUCACAAAUAUUGGUCAAAUUGGGAAAACAAUAAAACCAUUCAAAUGCAAAAUUGAUUAAAACAAAAUAUAAAGAUUGCUAUUCUUAUGGGUAUUCCCAUCUGAAAAGUUUUUUUUCCUCAUCAUUUCUCACUUCUAGCCUUAUUGGAUGGCUCUGUUACCAUUCGAGCCAUAAUGAGUGCAAGAAACAGGAUUUCCUGAUUAACGAUCGAUAGUUCAUUGAUUCUUGCAUCAUGGGAUAUACAUAUAAAGCAUCUUACUAUUGUGGUCUGGUCUUGACAGUUCUUGAAUGUCUAUGGAAUGUUAAUAGAAUUGUGGGUCUUGUCUUGUUACAUUCCAGUGUUUUCUGCCUCUUGGCAUGCUAAAAGCACGGCUUAAAAUGUCUGUCUCUCACACUGAAUAAAGUGCUGUUAGUGUGCUAAACUACAGAAACAGCCACUGCUAUGUGAUGUAGAUUUUCUACUUGAAUAUUUUUUAUGUUGUAGGAAACCUCAGGAGGUCUGUGUUUACUGUUUUUUAUAUCUACCGCGGUUUUAUUUAUUUUUUUCCUUUUAUUUUUCCCGCCUUCCCUGUUUUUGAAGGACAAUAACCAUGGUAUAAAAACUGCCUCUCAACCUAAGUUGGUAACAGAAAGCAUUGCCUAUUAACUAUAAACAAGUCUCAUAAUUCAUUCAAAAACUCUACUGGUGUAUCGAUCAAAGGGUGUUCUAAACGAAUAUUCAUAGGUUAAUAAUACUUUUUCAUAGACUCUUACACCUAAAUGGUGUUUACAAUAUGCAUUUAGCAUAAACACAUUAAUAUGCUUUGUGUGAAUAAUUGCAAGACAGUGUCUGAAUUGAAAUAAAAGUGCUGUUUGAUACUGUACCUGCACUGUGUACAAGGCCAAUUUUCAUGCAGAGCACCAUAGCAACACUCGUAGAUUCUCCCCUUAGGUUUUUUUUUUGUUUUGUUUUUGUUUUUUUCUUUUAUACACGUGCUUGUGACAGAGAGUGAUCUCGUUAUUUAAUUAUGGCACUUAAACCUGGAGAAGAUGUUGGAAAUCUUAAUUAGCUGCACACACUCCAUUUGGUUAAGAACGAACAUGUUUCUGCAUUAGGAAAGUUGUUAAUGUAUCAUUUUCCAACUGCAAUAAUCUGCAAGGUAUUAAAGAGUAACCUAUAUCUUUUAAGUACACGUAUAAUGAGAAGCUUUAUUAGAACUGAUCAUGUUUAGGAAUCUCACACAAUGAUGUGGUGAAAUUUGACAGGACAUGUACAGUGAAUUAAGCAGUACAGUUUACUUGAGAAUUUGAGUUCAGCAGUUUCCUCCAAAGCAUAUUAUGUGAUAACCUUGCCUAUUACUGUGAUCAGCGUAUUAUUAUUUUAUUGUAGCUUGUAAUUCAUCUUUUUGCUGCGGGUAAAAAUAUUCUGCCUACCUAAUAUACUGUGACUAUAUUCCUUUCUUAUAAUUGUCCCUGCAGAAUUUUUUACUUAAAGGAACAGUCUAAUAUAGUUUUUCACCAAGUGUUCCUUUAUCUGUUUAGUUUAAAAAAAUUUAAACUUGCCUAUAAUCUACUCUCAACAAUUUUAUCACUUCAGUCAAGGUCACUUCCAUGAAGUCAUCAAGCUUUUUGGCUUUUAUCCAAUGAAAUGCUUCUUAUAGAAGUACUACGGACAUGCACCACAUCCUUGGCAAUCGCCACCAUCCGACAAUCCACUGCUCACAGAGUAGCAUUGGAUGCAUGUUCAUUGUCUGCAUGCAUGUAGAUUCCAGGGCUGAGUUUUAGUCUAAAGCCCCAUAGUGGCGGUCUCAAUGACAGUCCCAAGGCGGUAGGCAUUUCAAAAAGAUAAUGGUGUGGUUUCUCUGAACGGCACAGUUUUCAAAGCCGGGACGGCUUCUAUGUCCCGUCCCGUGUCGUCCCUUCAUUAACCCCUUCAAUACCAGAAUAGAGUAUAAACCCUUAUUUUCAUGUAUUGUGAAGUAUAUCUAGUCCAUAAACCCUCAUUUAUAUUCUAGUUAUGAUUUUCAGCCUGUAGAGGAACACAUUUCUCUGCCAGAAGCCGCUAGUCACUGAUGUGACUGUAAAUUUACUGAAAAUUUAAGCUCACACACUACUUUCAAAUAGUACUGGAGUUUUCAAUGGGUGAUGCCAUUCUUACAGUCUGGGAGAGGGGAGGAGUGAAUAGACUAAUUUCACUGUUAGCAUUACAUUAUCAGUCCAGACCUUUAUUUUAGAAAUAUAUGAUUUUACUGUAUGUGGGCAUUAUGCUUUAAUGCAGAUAUUCUUUUUACAUUCUGUUGCAAUUUUUAGUAAACUGCACUACUAGUAAUGCCUUCAGGUCCUUACAAAUGACCAUUUUUAUUUAGAUCUUUCACAUCUACUGUAUGUGAGGAAAAAUAGAAUUGACUUUUUAAAUUUGCUUUUAUAUUAACAUUUCAGACUCUGUGUGAAGUAUUGCAAGAUAAAGCACACUGUAUAUUGUAAAACUUUUGAUUUUUCAAAUUUUUUUUUCAUAAAGGAUGAAUGAAAAAUUAAAAAUAUGUUGACACUUAGUUUUUUUUCCCCCCACAAAGUUUGCAAAGCAAUCGGUACACAAAAUUACUGUUAUGUUUAUAGGCUAGCUAUGCAUCCCUUGCUUCAAAUAGAUGGUAUGCUAAUAGUUUUUUAAUCAAAGUGCUCAGUAGUGAAGCGGGUAAGAUGAAGUGAUUAUGAUCUUUAGGCUGUCCCUUUAAGCAGUUUAUAAAAAAAAAAGGGACUGUGGAAUGGACUGUGUGUGUUUAAAAAAAAAAAAAAAAAAAAAGAGCCAAUUUUCCAAAUUAUAAAGGUCACUGCACAUAGUGGUAUAACCAAAAUUAAUUAUUAACGGAGGCUGGAGUUAGUUAAGAUAGCUACCCUGGUAUGAAGAGGGACUUUUAAAUGUGAAUUACUGAUAAGAAUGAGGGAUAAAGCAUUAACCUGUUUUAGUAUUAAUGGAUUAUAGCUAUAAUAAGAUCAAUUUACCGCCUACAUGUUCUAGAAUAUGCCUAAAGUUCUGUAGGCAAAUUUUUUUUUUUUUUUUUUGCAUCCUUAAAUAUUUCUGUAAAAUCACCACUGGAACCUAUAUACAUAUACAUAUACAUACAAAAAAAGCAUGCAUGUCAGUCAGUCCUUGCUGUGCUCCCUGCUAUUUUCACAUAUAAAUGAUAUAAGAAUGACUAGAAUAUUUUGGUGAUUGCCCUAGAUUGUAUCGGGGUCCUUUUUAAAAGGGUUUAGAAUACUUUUUCUUAUGGGCUUCUUUUUGGCACUAAAUUGGGAAUAAAUAGCCAUGUUUUACCUAAUCUAACACUGUGAUUUAAAAUAAAUAAAUACAUUUUUUAAAAAAGUUUUAUUAGCCAUGGGAAACCAAUCAACGUGAUGAAUUUUCAAAAGAAGCAAUAUCAAUAAAUACCUAUAGUGCAGUAUAGGAUGCUUUUUUUUUUUUUUUUUACACUUCAUCUGUGUGGGGGCAAAAAAAUAUCCUUGGCUGGUAUACAUCUUUAGGCCUGAGAAGUGGUAGUUCAUGAUUCAAAGUGUCCAAUGGUAACUUUAUAUGUAUGGGGCAAUUUUGUAUAUCAAAAAGGUUGCUCUUUUUGUUAAAACAGUUAACCAUAAAUGAAUUCCCUUCAGCUGAUUACAUCAGUUUAUUGGAUCUUUCUGGUAGCAACUUAGGUUGUAUGCAUUUCAAAAGAAAAGCUUUAUAUGAGAUUUCUUUAUUUUUCCCCAAACAGAAUGUUACCUUUUAGACUGGGAUAUCCAAUAUCGCCUCUUCAGCAGGUUGGAUAGGUUCCAUAGAAUUCUGUCAGCUGUUGACUGGCAGAGAAUUUUUGGGAACUAUAGUCCAAAAGCUGGUGGGUCAAAAUAGGUGUUACCCUUGUAUUAAGCAUAUAUUGCUAGUGAAAAUGUAUGGUCUUCUUACAUGGAGUAAUUUAUUUCUCAGACAUUUGCCCCUGCUUAUUGACUUUCACUUUAAAUAAAAUAUAGUUUUAGUUUUUGAUAAGCUGCUGAAUUUUAAAUGUUUUUUGGGGGCCACCAAAUAUUUUGGAUCAUGCAGAGAAUAUAUAUUGUAAUGUAGUAAUUUUUGUAUUUACAUUUGUAUGAUGUGAUAAUAGAUGUGAAUGUUAAUCACUGCUUGGCUGUGUUAAUAAAAUUGUUUAAAUACAUGGUGUAAAUUGUUGUUCUUAACUAUCAAAGAUUACUGUGAGCUAGAGUUGCAGGCCUAUCAGAUAUACUUGAGGGGGGAUGCUUGUGAAUUGGGGACUGUGAAGGGAGGUAUAUGCAAUGGCUAGAGCUGUUAAAUGAAUUCUGCUGCGGUUUGCCCUCCACACUUUAUAGAGUUGGGGUUGGAAUAAUAACAGGGAGGCUAAAUUAGUUCCUAACCCUAAUUUUACCUCACCUAAACCCUUAAUAUACUCAUCUGCCCUCCACCCUUAGGGUUAGAAGAAUUGAGUGAAGCAAACAGUUAAACUGUUUAAAACCGGUUAAAAUUCAAAAAAGAAAAUUAAGGUUAGGAACUAAUUUAGCCUCACUCAAUUAUUAUUUCAACCCUAGAAAUAGUGGAGAGCAGAAACCAUGUAAGGUCCGAAUUUUAGGUUACUUCAAGCCCUACCUUUUAGAUGUCUUGGUAUCAAAACACUUUCAUAGUAAAUCGAGAAAUUUGAAGAAUAAGUUUGUGGUAGUGUUGUGGACAAAAAUAUUAACCCAAUUCAUAUUAAUAAAAUGCCUAUUUACUCAGCAUAACCACAAUCCGCAUUAUUCAACCUUAUGUGAUUUACCUAAAAUGGCCGCUAGGGAGUUUCCCUUUGACAUCGACUAACACCCUCAUUAACAAGAUGGCGCUGGAAUCUGGGGGAGACCUCCAAGAUACCAGUGACAUCACACCCGGUAGGAAGGGCACUAAAUGAACCACUUAACACCUAACCAAUUAUUGAUGUACUAUUCCGUGUUAUUUCUGACAAUGCAUAUGAUGUCAUUUUGCUUUAUAAGGGGCAUGCCGUCCCCCCAGAAUAAACUUUCCUCAAGUGUUUCAUUAACC